CGAGGAGAUAAUUGCAAGGUAGCCGCUUUCCACGCGCGCUCUUUCGGCUGGGGUACACUGAGUUAUUUGCCCCCAAAAUAAAAGGAGAGGAGAUCGAUGUGUUCCGCAGUGCCUGAUCUGGUAGGAGAGAGCGAGCGACUCCCUUCCCCCACCCAUCCCUUUGUAGGUAGAAGCUUCUUGUGGCGGGAGGCGGGAGCGACGCGCACGUUGGCUUCGCCGUCAAAACAAAACGCAGGGGCAGCUUCUCCUUUGUGCGCUCCGAGCCAAGGCAGGUUUCCUCGGAAGGAAGAGGGAAUUACUCUGGAGUAAAUGUGCGCAAGAUCCCGAUCCCACUGUCCCUUACACGGAAGUAAUGCCCUCUUUGCUGGGAAGGAAUCCCGCCUCCUCCCUUUCGAAGUGGGUUUAAGAUUCCAGCCUUAAACGCGGCAACGAGGAAUUUGUAGGUGGGUUUAUUUAUUCAAAGCGUCUUCGAGAAGUGUCCGCCUUCGCCUCCGACAAGCACGCCUCCGGUUCUCAGUCUCUAUUUUUCUUCUUCCCUAGGGAGCUACUGAAUCCCGAAACCCCAGAGUGGGUGGGGACCGCGGAGAGAUGAUUUUCUCCCCCCCCCCUUUUUUUUUUUGCUAAAUGACUUUAAUUAGAGAGCAUAACCGGCUGCGCCCAGACUGCAGACUUUUCAGUGAGUAAAGGCGCCUGGCGGGCUCCCUCCCGCCUUCACUUUUAUUUAUUAAAAAAGAAAGAAAUUCUUUUCUCAAUCGCCUGAGAAUUCGCUGGGCUGGCUGGUGAUUUGGUGAAUGAAAAGUGGAACGUUUUAUUGUUAACUAAUGAAUCGCCUAGAGGGGGAUCUCACUGCUCGGGAGAGGCUGAUAAUUGGAGGGUUUUAUCCCCUAGCAGAACCAUAUACAUCUAUAUUUAUUUGUUUAAUUAAUUAAUUAAAAAAACAAAAAACAAAACUCUUCUCCUUUUGCAGUAAGUAAGAUCAAUGAUAGAUCUUCUCCUGGUCCUUUUCAUCUCUCCCUUUGCUUGUUGAGAACUCCCCACCGUUUGCAAGAGUUGCAUCUUUGCUUGAGGCUGAAAGACAUGCAAAUCUUUUUUAUGCAGAUUCUGUGGCUGUUACAGUUUCAACAGGCUUAGAAGGGGAAGAGUAUCACAACACAGAGUGGUUACCCACCGCGCCCCGGCGCAACUCUCUAAAUGACUAAACUUGUGCUGAAGUUUCAGCUUCUCUCCCAUGGCUUUUUGUUUGUUAGCAACAAGUGUGGGUCGUAUUUAUAGACAGCUCUGCUAUUUUGUGGUGUGGAAGGUUUCAAUUUUGUUCAGCCGGUAGCGAGUCACAUUCCCCGGCACGGCACCUCUCUAGGGCUUACAUUGUGUGUACAUGAAUAGCAACAGGUUAUGUAAUGGGGAAGGCAGUGCAGAGUUGAGCUGUAGCAUUUUGGCAUAAAUCCAAGUAGAAACCCUUUGUGCUCUUUGCUAUAGGUUUCUGUGCAAAACUGAGACACACCUUUGCCUUCUGGGAAGUGUUUGUGCGUGCUGUUUUUGGGGGUCACCACCUGUGCACCUUGAUUGAAGCCAACUGCGUGGCCUGCAAACCCAGAUUUCUUUAUUGGUUAUCACUUAUAGCCAUGUCAGUUGGGAGAAGGGGACACAUGGGUUCAAAACUCCUGAUAUGCUUUUGCAAGUUGAAACAGGUGGAAUGACUGUCAAAGAUGGGUACACCAAAUUUGGUGCAAGUGAAGAACCCCAAAGUGGCUGGAGUUGUCAGAUGGCAUCAUUAGACAAUAGGACUGCCAACCAAGUGGUGUGUAUGUGUGUGUGUGUGGAAGUAGACAAUAGGACUGCCAACCAAGUGGUGUGUAUGUGUGUGUGUGGAAGUAGACAAUAGGACUGCCAACCAAGUGGUGUGUAUGUGUGUGUGUGUGUAGAAGUAGCCUGAUCUGUCUUUUAACAGCAGCUUGAUGUGUAGGAAUGAGAAAACAGGUUUUUGCAGCAUGGAGUUGUUGGUUGCUGGUUGUUGUUGUUGUUACCGGUAUUUAUUGAAUCUAUAUACCACCCUAUACCUGGAGAUCUCAGGGCAGUUCACAGAAUAAAAUCAAAAUAUAAAACCACAAAAUACAUAAUCAAAAUAAAAACAACAACCUAAUAACCCCCACGCCCCCAAAAAACACAUUUUAAAAGGGCAUAGGAUCCUCACAACAUUUAAAGUAAGACAAUUAACAAAUGUGGACAGGAGCCACUCGCUGGAAAGACCAUGAUGUCAGAAAUGUCUGUGGCAAUAUUUGUUGGCAACCGAAUUGGCUGGGUGCCUUUCUGAUAUAAAGACAUAAAUAAGAGUGGGAGGGAGGAAAAUUAGCUUUGGUUGCUGAGCAGAGUUGGGCGUAAUUGCCUUCUAAGGUGUUGCAUGUCAAAGGCACAACAACAGUGGCCAGCUGAAAACUUGACACACCUUUUGGUUCUCUGGUAUAACUGUUGCACUGCAUUGUGGGUGGAAGGUGCGUAAACCACCCACCUCCACACCCAGUGAUUGUUUGUUGGUGGGUGUGUAUUGUGGGAAUCUGAUGUACAGUGGUACCUCAGGUUAAGUACUUAAUUUGUUUCGGAGGUCCGUUCUUAACCUGAAACUGUUCUUAACCUGAAGCACCACUUUAGCUAAUGGGGCCUCCUGCUGCUGCUGCGCCGCCAGAGCACAAUUUCUGUUCUCAUCCUGAAGCAAAGUUCUUAACCCGAGGUACUAUAUCUGGGUUAGCGGAGUCUGUAACCUGAAGCGUAUAUAACCUGAAGCGUAUGUAACCCGAGGUACCACUGUAUUGGGAAAGUGCAUAAUCAGGCUGAGAAGGCCUGUUUUGGCCCACAAACCCAUUUUCCCCAAGCCAUUUUCCUGUGCCCUAUACCUGAUGUUGUAUAAGAUGUCAGAUGUGAGGGCAGAUAAAGAUACCAUCUCUGCUGUUAACUGAUAAUCAGCACCUGCAACGCUUUGCCUUUGUGGUUUGCUUUCAUACCACACAGGCAAAGGGAAAUGCUUCAACUGAUGUCAUGGUCAACAUGUGGCCCACUGGCUGGAUCCAGUUUCUUAUCCUUGUUCCACAUCCACCAGCAGUGUGGUGAUGAGGACCUUGGCAAUAUAUUUUGGGAUGUUCUUGGUAGAUUGAGCCCUCUUACUAAUGUGCCCUUGAUGGGUGUCAGAAUGAGGACUGAACAAGCAGAUGAGAGAUCUGUAAUUUGGACAAACUGCUGUUGCUUUGAUAAAAUAGGCUAUCAAAUCAAAAAAGGUCAACCCACCACAUAACUGUUGAAUGAAAUUGUCCUAUGAAUCAAGUAAAACAUUCACCCCUUAUUGAAGAUUUUUUUAAAAAAAUGAUUGAGUGACUAAAUCAAUUGAUUAUGAUGUUGCAAAUCAGCAUAUUACCAAACCAUUAACUUUUUCAGUAAUAGUUGUGUAGAAUGAAGCACCGUAUCUGGUUGAACUGCACAUGAGCUGACCCAUUUCUCUAUUUUGUUACUUAGCUAGCACUUUGCAACAAAUAUUUCCAGCAUGCUAGUUGCUUAACGUUUCAGGGGCAACGAAGCGAGAUCUGUGUUGCCUACAUUUUGGCAGCUUCUUCAACAUUCUGAUGUCACAGGCUGACCUAGUCCUGCUUGGGAAUGUAAAAAUGUUGUCAAUCAACAACUUAACACACAAUUUCUUAGUAAUCAGAGUUUUAAUCACAUUGUUUAAAGAUUGCCAUCUUAAAGUUAAUUCUGAGGAAUGGCAGUGGGCAUAUCUACUUUCUACUAGGGCUGCCAUAGUAGGGCGAUUAUUACUAUUUUUUAAUGCUUUAAAAAUCCCCCCCAAAAGCUCAACAACUUUGUCUGGUUUUUUGUUGUUGUUGUUGUUUAGUCGUUUAGUCGUGUCCGACUCUUCGUGACCCCAUGGACCAGAGCACGCCAGGCACUCCUGUCUUCCACUGCCUCCUGCAGUUUGGUCAAACUCAUGCUGGUAGCUUCGAGAACACUAACCAACCAUCUCGUCUUCUGUCGUCCCCUUCUCCUUGUGCCCUCCAUGUUUCCCAACAUCAGGGUCUUUUCCAGGGAGUCUUCUCUUCUCAUGAGGUGGCCAAAGUAUUGGAUUUUUACUUUUGGGAAUAUGGCAACCCUAUUUCUACUUCCCCCAAUUGUGUCACCAAAAUUGGUUGAGGUUCCAGAACAUGCAUCUUUACUUGGAAAUGUAGUAUUUAAUUAUCAAAUGUAUUGUUGAUUUGUGAACAUUUGACUGCAUUUUAAAGACUUGCAGUCACCUUUAAAAACUAUUUUAAAGAGAUGUGUAAACAAGGUGAUUGGAUGGUUUCAAAUACUGAAGUUAGGCUGACCUAGUCUUGCUUGGGAACGUAAAAAUGUAGGGAUUGUGGCAAACUUUAUAAAAAGCUGGUGCGGAAGUAAACUAACCCUAGCCUGGAGAAGCUGAGCCAACUAUGAGCUGAUCCAAAUUUUGUAUGUGACUGGGUCUGACUGUUCCAGCACUGCCAUUAUUUGUUUCCAUAUUCCUUUCUAUCCAGAUAAAAUUAGGAAAAGGGGGGGAAGGCCUAGGUGAAGACAGGGGUGGUAGAACUGUAGAGUGGGAUGGCGCUGUGUGUUAAACCACAGAGCCUAGGACUUGCCAAUCAGAAGGUCGGCGGUUUGAAUCCCCACGAUGGGGUGACCUCCCGUUGCUCGUUCCCUGCUCCUGCCAACCUAGCAGUUCAAAAGCAUGGCAAAGUGCAAGUAGAUAAAUAGGUACCGCUCUGGCGGGAAGGUAAACAGCAUUUCCGUGCGCUGCUCUGGUUCUCCAGAAGUGGCUUAGUCAUGCUGGCCACAUGACCUGGAAGCUGUACGCCGGCUCCCUCGGCCAAUAAAGCAAGAUGAGCGCCGCAACCCCAGAGUCGGUCAUGACUGGACCUAAUGGUCAGGGGUCCCUUUACCUUUAAUCUUUGACAGAUGACCAUUCAAUCUCUGUUUAAAAACCUCCAACGAAGGUGUGUCAGAAAGUUCUUCCUUACGUUUAGUCCGAAUCUCCUUUCCUGUGAUAUUAUUCCGUUGAUACCAUUUAUCCUGGAGCAGCAGGAAACACACUUUCUCCAUCUGACAACCCUUCAGAUAUUUGAAGAUGGUAGAGGUUGACAGAACACGCCUUUUCUAGCUUCCGUUGAACUUGCCAGAUCCUUUUGAGGAUUCUCCAAAGAGUUUGGAAAGACUGAGCCUAUUCUACAUCAAGACUGGAUAGGCAUUUUGUUCAAGAAGAAGUUAAAAGUUACCUCAGAAUGGUUCUGACAGUGACAGAAUUGUGACUAACAAGCUGGUCAGCUGAGCCUAGGAUGCCGCUGUAGUGCAAGAUAUUUUGUGCAUAAUUUUCUCAUUAGCUCUGUGCAGUCUGCUGUACAUAGCUUCUGCCAUUUCAAGACAGAGGAAAUGUGACCUAAUUAAAUUUAGUAUUAUGGGGCUGGGGAAAGUAUUUAUCCACUUUCCUAUGCUGACUAAUACAAAGGAGAGCUCUAGGGGACUGUUACUGGCAUCAGUAGCCUGAUCUCAUGCAGACUUAGCCACUGAAAACAAUGAUCUUGGGCAUGCCUAACAGUGUAGUCAUAUGCAUGUAUACUUGCGAGUAAACCACAGUGAGUUCAGUUGGGCUUAUUCGCAGGUAGCUGUGUGUAAUAUGGCAGCCAGUUUACAAAACAUCCAACUGACCAGUAAACCAGUCAAACAAUCUUAGGUUUCGGGAUACUGUACGCUGAAUACAGUUCAGAUGCAAGAUAUGUGCUCUUGCUACACUGUAGUGACUCUUUGAUCUUGUGUAAACUUUUUCCUAGUACCAACAGCUGCAGAUAAAAGUUCUGCAUUCCCCCUGCUGUCACCUGCUAGAAAAGUGUUGAAUUUACUAGCAAAGGGAAGAUGUGCUCCUAACUAUUUUGAGAUUGGUCCUGAAGCAGGGAUCAUUGUAUCAAUCUUCUUUUAGUCUGCCAGUUUCUUCAUGUGUUCACGAAUCUGUUCUGUCUAGUCUCUGUAUUAAUCUGCAUUUUUAAACAUCAGCAUGAACAUUUGUAUUUUAAUAUGCAUCUUUCAUAAAAUAGGCAUUUGGAAACGUUUCUGCUUAAGACCUGCGUCACAACAUUUUGGGAAUUACCAGCGACUCUCUCUCUCUCUCUGUAGGCCACGAGACUCUUAACUUUAGGGUUGUGGGUUUGAGUCCCACGUUGGGCAAAAGAUUCCUGCAUUGCAGGGUGUUGGACUAAUGUCCCUGGUGCUACAAUUCCUUGACUCUAAGUGCAUUCAGAGCUGUACAUUAGAUCAGGUGGUGAGGAUAAGUCAGUUGGUAUUGGCAUUUGUAAAGAAUGAGUUUUUCAACCACCCCUGUUCUGAAGAGGUUGGGAAGCUUGAUGCCAUGCCUGUGAUACACAGCCCUUGCACCUCAGGAGGCAGAUAUGUCUGUUUUCUAUAGUUUAAUUAGAAGUUCUUGCUGUUGUUCUUUCAUCUUAACAGUGCUCCAGCAUCUGAGAACACGUCUUCUAAUCUGUUUCCUGUAUUGCUUUGAUGAACGCCACCAUAUCAUUUCAGAUCAUAAUGAAAUCUUAUUUACCAGGUUUUUCCUUUUUUCUUUUUAAAAAAUCAAACCCAAAAAUGGCUGUAACAGCAGGAGAAAUAUUGCUGCACCCAACACCUAUCAAGAUCUGUUUUCUCUGAAAAUUUCUAGGUGGUAAGUGUAGCACUUGGGGAUGAGAACAGGGCUGUGACCUGUACAGCCCAGUGCUUUGCUUGUUUACUUGACGAACCCCAGUUAAUGGAACAGGAACGGUAAGCUAGCAGCCUAAUGAGCUCGUGUGCUGAGACUUCUGUAUUCCUCAGCUCUGUGCCAGGUUUUCAACCUAUCCUUGUUCCCCUGCCUUUUAAAUGAGGGUUUUUGUGUGUACCACUAGAUUCCAUGCAGUGAAAAGCGCAUGGAAAAGGUAUCUGCUGAUUUUGACAGAUGGAAGUUUUGUUAAAGGCACAAGAACAGAUUAUACUGUCUCCACCCCUCACCCCCGUGCCCCGUUCAUCAUUGGCAGAUCCGAUGACAGGCCUGCUUGAAAAUUGACAAGUAUGUGUUUUGUGAGCCAUUUGAAAUUGGAUGGUCAAACUUACUGCUCUGACCAUGAUGCCAUGUGCAGUCCAUAAAGAUACCUUAACACUUAAAGGCUUAUCAUAGUAUCCCACUGUCCCUCCAAACGGGGUAUAUUGAUUUGUUUGGAAUGGCUUUGGAAAAUAAUGGUGCUGAGAGGAAUAAAUUCCUUAUUGCUGUUGGUAGUGAUAUCAUAGAAGUCAUAUUGUAGAGUUGGAAGGGACAAUGAGGAUCAUUUAGUUCAACCCCCUGCAAUGCAGGAAUAUGCAAUUUGUCCCAUACAGGGAUCGAACCUGCAACCUUGACAUUAUCAGCAUCACACUCUAAGCAACUGAGCUGUUAAUUUCACUGUUUGUUAAAAAACAACCCUCCUAAGUAGAAGUUGUGCUAUUCACAAUGUUAUAUGUUCUAAUAGGAAAAACAGAUGAACUGUUAAAAAACAACCACCUUCUACCAGAGGUGGUUGUUUUUGCAAUAAAUGGCUUCUGUUACUAAAUCUUUCCAGGUGGUGAUGAGCUGAGCAGCCACCCUGUAUCUUCUUAAAACUUUUUACUAGAUUCCCCUAAGUGUCCAGAAAUUUAUCCGUCACAAUCCAUUAUCAGUAUCAAAUCAGCUCAUUUCAUAAUUCAGCUGCAAUCCUAGGUAGACUUACUUGGGAGUAAGUCCAGUUGAAUUUAGUGGGGCUUGCUUCCAAGUAGACAUGGAUCAGAUAUGUUAACAUGUAAAUUUAUGAACAUUUUGGUUUUUUCUACAUGCCUCCUGAAACUAGUUUCAGUGCUGAAACAGUCAAAGUGAAACCAGGAUGAUAAAACAGAAAUUCAUGUUAGGUUUCUGUAUUUUUAGCUGUGGGGACAAUUUUGCUGCUGCUUUCUUGGACUAUAAUUUCUCUUGUUGACCCUAUAGUGUGUGUUUCUCUCUCUCCAAAUAGAAAAUAUGUUCUCUUGUCUGCAUUUCUUUUAGACUAGGUUUAAACUCCGUAUCUAAUAUUAAAUAAUUUUGAGUGGAAAUUUUAGUGAUAAGGCUAUAUCAGUGUUUCCUAGCUGUCAAGGUUUUGUUAAAACCAUUCUUUAAUACAGGCUUCCAAGUGCUUAGAAUAUUGCAUUUCCCCCUAAAUUCACAUGGCUACCUCUAAUAUCAACCAUCCAUAUUGCAGAGACAUCUCCAGGGGGUAACAUCCAUCCAAAACAUUUCUUGCUAUCUUCUCUCUCUCUCUCUCUCUCUCUCUCUCUCUCUCUCUCUGGUUCUUACUCCAUUUGACAAAGUCCCAUGGCUCCAAGAAUUGCAGCAAAUGAGUGACCAGAGAUUUGCAGUUUGUUAAUCGCAGCACUUGAUAAGAGUCUGCAGGUGACUUUAAAUAAAAAUGUUUCGCUUUUCCUUCAGCUCUAUGAAGUUAUGUUCGUUACAUAUCUUUAGGCACCAGUUAAAAACAUCUCCUAGGCCUUUGGCUAAUUAAACAACCCAUGGCCUUUUCAACUGUGGGGGCAGUAUUGUUGUUUGUUACUAUAUUAUGUAUUUUUGUGUUUUUAUAUUGUAAACCGCCCUGUGAUCCUCGGAUGAAGGGCAGUAUAGAAAUUUAAUAAAUAACAAAAAUAAAAAGUAGAUAUCUGGCAGGAAUUUCCAGAUUGAGGUCAGAUCAGCCACCUUCAGCAAAGAGGUGAUAGCAUCAAAGAAAAACUCAGCAUCUUAGUCUUCUGCUUUCCAUGUGUACAAGUUGAUACUGGAGGUUGCUGUGUAUAGAUAGGCUAACUAACAGAUGCAGAUCUGCAGGGAUAUAGAUGCAGAGGAGUUCAUAUCUACAUCCAACUGUGACAGCAGAAUCCUUCUACCAGAUGGCUCACUCCUCUUCCAGUGUGCUGUGCUCCUAUGCUCCCGACGAAUGCUGUCGGCAUGAGUGGUUUUAUGGCAUAUAGUGCUACCCUCUCCUUUUGAAGUUACAUUUACUAAGUGGGAUGAGCCAGCUGAGAGCAAGAAGAAAAGAUGAAGGCACAACAGCUUGUUUGGGCUGAAUCGCCCUCCCUUCCCAUCCCUGACAGGGCCAGCUACCACCAAGUGUAUUGUGGAAAGGACCCUAAGAUAGCAAGAAGGGCAGGUGAGUGAAUAAUAUGACUUCUUCUUAGAGUAGUGUUUCUCAAACUUGGGUCUCCAGCUGUUGUGACUACCCAACAUUACCCCUCACCCCUGGACCUACUAGCUAUGGAUUUGUAGUCCAACAACAGCUGGAGACCCAAGUUUGAGGAACACUGUCUUAGAGGGUUAUCUACUGCCAUCUGCCCUGUGGGAAGGAUCCUGAGGACUUGUUGUGCUUGAUACUGCUUAUUGUGGUGGUGCAUCUAGAUGGGAUCUAAAUAACCAUUAGAAAGGUGUUUCUGUUGUUGUUUUAGCAUUUAUCUUUUAAAUGAACAAUUUAAAACCACUUUUAUUUGGGGGUUUAAAGGCUAAAUUCUGUAUUCAAUAAGUCACUUCGAGACAUUUAUUAAAAAGUGUUGGAUUAAAAGAAUAAUAAUAAAAAACAAAUUACAGCAACAUCUGAAGGCUGAAGAACACAGAAACAUAGGAAACUGCCUUACACAGAGUCAGGCCCAUUUAGCUCAGGAUUGUCCAUUCUGGCUGGUAGUGGCUGUCCCAAAAUUUUGGGCAAGGAUUGAACCUGGGACUUGCUGCAUGCAAAGCAGAUUCUCUGCCACUGAGCUGUGGCUCUUCCCCAUUUUGGUUCUAUGCUUUAAUAUUUUGUGAGAUGUUUUGUAAAAAGCAAUGGAUAAAUGCUAAUGAUCAAAUGGCAAAACAGCUGAAGGUGUUACUAUUACAAGUGUGGCUUGUGAUCAAGAAUCCUGAAUUUCCUCUAAUGAGGAUGGGGAAGGAAAGGGAAGGUGGAAGGAAGCUGCUGCCACAGGGCUCUAAUCUUGCAUCACGACUAACUCACAUCAUGGUCCAUUUGAUGCCUGCUACAGUGAGGCAUUGGCCAAGAGUUCCUGCCUCCCCCAGGAAUUUUCUGUGUGUCUCCCUAUAGACACCUGCCUCUCACUUUGAUGAAUAUUGUCUUUAGGGAAUGUUUAAAAUACAAGGAGGAGUAUGAACCCUAAGCAUAUUUACUUGGAAGGGGAUUCCACAGCAAUAAAUGGGACUGACUUUCCAGUAAAUGUGCUCAGACUGAAAUCAGACUAUCUGAAGGUGGCAGAAUCUUUCCCUCCGGUUUCAUUUUGUAUCAACUUCCUUUUUGUAUCUUGGUUUAGUUUGGGCAGAGCUACUUAAAGGAAAACUUGGUGGACGCCAAUGAAAUGUGAUGGGCACUUUGCAUGCUAGUGCCCAAUUAUGUGUAUGGCUGACAGUGUGUUUUGCUGAGUUUAUCAUUCCGUUGAGAUCAAUGAGAAUUAGUUCAGUCUGAUGGAGAAGGCUUUAAGAUGGAUAAGGCAAUAGAUUUAGCUAUUGCCAUAGACUGAUGUACGCUCACUUGAUUCAGUGCUGUUGUUUCGUGUCAUGCUGGUCCUCUUCCGUAUCAAACCAAGCAUUGUUGCAUCGUGUUUUAAUCAUUGCCUUUUGUAUAACUGCUGAUAACGCAGAGGUGUGGCUCCUAUUGGUUUUACGAGGCUAUUCAUUUGCACUUUUGUGCUGCUUUUCUGAUCUAAAUGAGCAGCCAAGAUGACAUCCGUAUAAUUAAAUAAUGAAACAACAAAUAAAACACUGUAGCCCGUACUGCUAUUAAUAAAACAUGCUUGCCCAUAGCACAAUAAAACAUAGACCACAUGCAGCAAAACAAACCACUAUAUUAGCAGUGGUAAUAAUGAAUGAAGCUGUAUCAGAAGCCCAAGAUCUCAGAUAAUACUUGCUCCCCAGGAUUGGUCUGAAAGAAAGAAAGAGUGUCAAGGAUUUUCUACACAGUUCCUCCCAAGUAAGUACAUGACAGAGCAGCAGUAGUGAGCUCUGCCUAUGACUGGCAUGUCUUGUUUUAGUAAUAGAGCUCACACAUCUUUUAACAGGUACCCGAGAGGACAUUAAACAGGUGAAGCCAUUUGUAGCAUGGGAAUGCUUCACCUGUUGAAUUUUUCCAACUGUUAAGAAAUCCUGUUGUUGUUUUUCCAACAAUGACACUUUGGUCUGCAACCUUUCCUGGCCCUUGUCGCUUCUAACCUGAGCCUUUUCACAUUCUUAUUGUUGGUUGUUUGACUGUGUCUCGUCCAGGUCACAGAAUGCAGAGCUUAUCUUGGCUGGCUGUUCCAGCAUUCUUCUUGUCUUGAAGUCCAGCCAGUCUUAACCUUCUCCUCCUCUUGGCUGCCAGCUGGCACUUUGCCUACAGUGACAAGUGAGGGGAGGAGCUGUGGACAGGGGUGUCCUACUUCUGUCCCGUCUUGCUUGCAGUUCUUGUGUGCCGCCACAGUUCUUGUUCUGAUUCCUUGAGAGGCAGAAGUUUUGCUCUUUGGUAGGACCUAAAGGUAAGGGACCAGCAUUAGCAGGUUUUAUCAGAGUGCGUUAGGAACAAAAGGUGUUUUGGUUUAUGGGAUUUUUUGUGUGUGCUUUUAAUUUAAAUCUCUUUUGAAUGGCUCAGCCCUUUGGCUAAUGUGCAGCAUUAUCAGCAAUGAUAAAUUACCAAGAACUUUCUUGCACCUGACUUUUCUUUUCUUUUUAAGAAUAAAAUAAAAAUAAAGCAGUACUUUAGGCUGCCGUCAUAACCACAUUCUCAGAAAUAAGUCUCAUUUAAUUAAAUGAGGCUUACUCCCAGGUAAGUGGGGUUAGCAAUUCAGCUGUAACCAUUGUAAAUGUGUUACAUUUUAAGAAAAGAAUUCAGUUUUUGCAUAUGACUUUUGGUACUAAACCAGUCUUUUGAAGUUAUGGAAGAGUACACACUUUUCAAAGAGAGCCAGUGCAGCUUGAGAGAAGACAGUGAUAGUGUUCUAAUAAUACCCCAGUGUUUUUAAUUAUCAUCUCAUAAUUAUCGUAAUUUUAAUAUCCAAUAACUAUUUUGGCUGUCUUAAGUGCGCUUUCUAGAGAGCAAACUCCACUGAAAAAAGGGGAUUUACUUAAGGGUGCGUAUGCUUUAACUCUGGACUGUUAAUUCUUGUAGUUUGUACUACUGCUGCUCCACUCAGCUCACUUGGGCUAACAAGUUUUGGAAGAGAUUGUAAAAAUAAAAUGUAAAAUUAUAAAAGCAAAUUCAGAACAAGCAGAUCAGGACAUCUUGGCAGAAAAUUAGAAGAAUAGAUUUCUCUAGACUUGCAUGUGCAGUUGCUUCUCUGAAUGUAUUUUCCAGUCAUGUUUUUAAUAAGGCUCAUGUUUACAUACCAAGCACCUUAUGAGAUUCCAUCAUAUUUUCAUUAGGAAAUACGUUAAUGUGUUCAGAUAGAAGCAAUGUUUAAAUUCACUGGCUGAUGCAUUCUUACUAAUCAAAUGUCAAAUGUUUAUUUGAAUAUCGUAGCUGUGGUGAUACAACAACACUAGAAAAAUAGGAUUCAAUCAGAUUGCGUAUGAGAAUAGAAUAGCAUUUCUUUUUCUCCCUACAACCAGAUUUUAAACGUAUCUAAAAUGCUUUUCAGUCUUACCAAGACAUGUCUGGAAUAUAAACAAAACAAAGGAUGUAACAAGCCAGCUUAAAAUUUAAAAUAACUUUUAAAUUUCCAGUGUCCCUGCUACAUACAGAUCACCCUUCCUAUUUAUAGCGUGCAUAUAUGAAGUUGAAAGAGCUGUGUAUAGUCCUUCAAAAGCCGCAAUUUGUGGACAUGUUUGUGGAUUGCCUAGAGUUGCUACGUGUUUCUUAUUUUACAUGCCAUUUCAAAAUAUCGUGCAGCAACAGACUUUGACUUAUUUUGGGCUAUGGCAACAUGCUAGAACAUCUAGUGAAACUUACUGACAGGUUUGGGACAAAACAAAAUAAAUUUCUUCAUGUAGCAAUUUCCUUAAGAGAUUCAGUGCCACAGUUUCUGGUGCUGGUUACUAGUUCAGGGCUACUUUUCAUCCUGAACCUCCUUGCGGCAAGCUGUCCUUUGUGUCCCAGUUUGCCACUCAGACUGACCCACGUAGCACCGUUUGUUUGCAUCCCAGUGCAAUCUCUAACCAGGAAUGUUUUGUAACUCUGGUCUGGAUGAGGAUAAGCACAGUCAAUUCAGAGAAAGUGGAGGUGCUAUUAGCUGCUGAUUCAGGUGGAAGUGGACAACUUACUUUGGUUUUAUGCCGCUUGAAGAGCCAAUUGUAUAGUUUGAAAACCAUUGUCUGUCCAGGUGAUGCCUUCGGUUAGGAGUACCCUUUUCCAGCUUAAUCCAGUGCACCAGCAACUGCAAGCUUGUCUUGAAAAGUAGAUCUGCUCUUAGUGACUUGUGCACUGGUUAUAUCCAGGCUGGAUAGCCAAAAUUCUCUGUGGGGUUGUACUUUUAAAGAUCGUUUAGCAACAGUUUCAAAAUGCAGUCACCAGAAUAAUAAUAAUAAUAAUAAUAAUAAUAAUAAUAAUAAUAAUAUAUUUAUACCCCACCCAUCUGGCUGAGUUUCCCCAGCCACUCUGGGCGGCUCCCAAUCAAGUGUUAAAUAUUGCUCCCAAUACAAAUAAUGCCCCCAAUACUGCAUUAAAUAUUAAAAGCUUCCCUAAACAGGGUUGCCUUCAGAUGUCUUUUAAAAAUAAGAUAUCUGCUUAUUUCCUUGACAUCUGAUGGGAGGGCGUUCCACAGGGCGUGCACCACUACCGAGAAGGCCCUCUGUCUGGUUCCCUGUAACCUCUCUUCUUGCAGGGAGGGAACCGCCAGAAGGCCCUCGGCGCUGGAUCUCAGUGUCUGGGCUGAACGAUGGGGGUGGAGACACUCCUUCAGGUAUACAGGACCGAGGCCAUUUAGGGCUUUAAAGGUCAGUACCAACACUUUGAAUUGUGCUCGGAAACAUACUGGGAACCAAUGCAGAUCUCUCAGGACCUGUGUUAUGUGGCCCUGGUGCCACUCCCAGUCAUCAGUCUAGUUGCAGCAUUUUGGAUUAAUUGCAGUUUCUGGGUCACCUUCAAAGGUAGUCCCACAUAGAACGCAUUGCAGUAGUCCAAGCAGGAGAUAACUAGAGCAUGCACCACUCUGGCCAGACAGUCCACAGGAUUAACCUACGCCUCCAUGGACAGCUGUGAGUCCAAAAUGACUCCCAGGCUGUGCACCUGGUCUGUCAGGGCACAGUUACCCCAUUCAGGACCAGGGAGUCCCACCUACCCACCCGCCCCCUGUCCCCCUAAAACAGUACUUCUGUCUUGUCAGGGUUCAACCUCAGUCUGUUAGCUGCCAUCCAUCCUCCAAACGCCUCCAGGCACUCACACAGGACAUUCACCGCCUUCACUGGUUCUGAUUUAAAGGAGAGGUAGAGCUGGGUGUCAUCUGCAUACUGAUGAACACCCAGCCCAAACUCCUGGAUGAUCUCUCCCAGCAGCUUCAUAUAGAUAUUAAAAAGCAUGGGGGAGAAGAUGGAACCCUGAGGCACCCCACAAGUGAGAGCUCAGGUGUCUGAACACACAUUCCCCACACCACUUUCUGAACACGGCCCAGGAGAAAGGAGCGGAACCACUGUAUAACAGUGCCCUUGGAUCCCAGCCCCUCUAGAUGGUCCAGAAGGAUGUUAUAGUCGAUGGUGUCAAAGGCCGCUGAGAGAUCCAGCAGAACUAGGAAACAGCUCUCACCUUUGUCCCUAGCCUGCGAGAGAUCAUCGACCAGCGCAACCAAAGCAGUUUCAGUCCCAUGGUGAGGCCUGACUCCCAAUUGGCAGGGAUCCAAAUGGUCCACAUCCUCCAGGCGUGCUUCGAGUUGUUCAGCAACCACCCGCUCAUUCACCUUGCCCAAGAAUGGUAGAUUUGAGACUGGGCGAUAGUUGGCUAUAUUGGCUGGGUCUAAAGAUGUGAGGUGUCCAAAUACUUCGAGAACAGUCAACCAAACAGCUUCCAAAAUAGGUACAGUGGUGCCCUGCAAGACGAAUGCCUCGCAAGACGGAAAACCCGCUAGACGAAAGGGUUUUCCGUUUUUGAGUUGCUUCGCAGGACGAAUUUCCCUAUGGGCUUGCUUCGCAAGACGAAAAUGUCUUGCGAGUCUAGAGAUGAUUUUCCGCUUCCCCCUUUAUCUAAUCUGCUAAGCCUUUAAUAGCCUUUAAUAGCCUUUUAGCAGCUAAUCCCUAAGCCUUUAAGCCUUUAAUAGCCGCUAAACCGCUAAUAGCGCUAAUCCGUUAAGCCGCUAAUAGGGUUGCUUCGCAAGACGAAAAAACCGCUAGACGAAGACUCUCGCGGAACGGAUUAAUUUCGUCUUGCGAGGCACCACUGUAGUAGGUCUUCAGUGUCUGAAAAUCAGUGAGCAUAUAUGUGCUUUAUAAAUAUACAAGUUCCAAGUAUACUUGGGUGCACAUAAAUGCUUUUGUAUAGAACAUGCUAAUAAUGAAAAUAUUAAAGUUGCUUCUUUCUGCUGGAUACAAUAAAGUCAAAACACACACUCAUAUGUUUAGGAAAUUAACAUAUCUUGAGUCAGGACCUUAUCAGUGGAACCCAUAUCAAGGAUUUCACUAAUCACAAACCUAGUUAAAGAUUUACUUGAUUUGAAAGGGCAGGAAGGAGCAGCAGCAUAGAUUCCAUGCUGAUUCUCUCUCUGUUGCCUGUUAUAAAUGGGUGGGAAGGAACUGCAUGAUAUUUUUAAAACCCAGAGAGUUUGAUUGAUCUUUCUUGGACUGAUACUUUUGAAAACCUCCUCCAAAAUAUCUAAAAUAUUUCAGGCACUUGCCUUUUUUUGUGGAAUGGCAAUCCACAAAUAGAAAUCUAAAUACUUUAAUUUAUACCAGGUUUGUAAAUGGGCACUUGCCCAGGGCAAGUAAGAAUCGGCUGCAGGUGGCUAGGAAGCAGAAUCUACUUCAUGUUAAAAAUAACUAAAUUAAUGAAGUUUCAAUACAUAUCCAGCUGACAAAGUCCAGAAGCCACUAAAGCUAGGUGUGGAGGAAAAAUGCUUCUGGAACUGUUCCUUGGCCAGCCAUAUUUGAACCAUUAUUUGUAAGGCUGUUAUAGAUUUACCAUUCCUACAGCGUUAUUCAUCAUCUGUGUUUCAGGAUGGUUUGCUUGCUUCAAUGUCAGCAGUUUCAGGAAACCUGUGUGUGUUAGAGCUGAACGAGAAUUGGAUGCUUUGGAAGUUCAGGUAUUUUAUAUCCUUGGGCAGCCAUUAGAAGUAUAACCCAGAGCCCAUCUAUGAGAAUGCCCAAAGGGCUUCUGCAUUCCUGAUGGGACUUUUGACCUCUUCCUUGCUCCCUGCUUUUAAUAGCAUUGCCUGUUCCUACAUUUCAAGAAGUUUUUUGAAACUUUUCCAAUUUCGGAAAAUGGUUUGCCAUUUGAGGCUACACUUCAAAACAUACUGCAUGGGUGAAGCCAGUGACUCUUUAGAUGGUGGCUUUAGAGCUACAUAUGUUCUCGCAAUUGGCUGCCUCUGGGCUUCCAAGCAAACACAAAAGAUCAAACACAGUCAGUUUCUUUGCUAUGAAUGCCGGUGAUAUGGAAUAUUAGUUAGCACCGUCUCCCUGCGUGCUGAAGCAUAGGAACCAAAAAGAGUAUGGUAAAUUGUUAACGAGAGGAGGGAGAAAGAGGUUCAACAUCAAGAUUAAAAGUAAUUGUUCAUGUGAUACAGAAAAAUGUGUAGCAUUUCUUAUUUUCCUGCUGCAGCAGCCUCGGGGAAAUUCCUAGUCUCUGUGGCAAAAUUUGUGAGGCUCUGUGAAAUUUGAUUUGGUACCUCAACGGAUCUUAAACAUCUUUUUCAUCUUAUUAGCACCCCUGUGCAUUCCUGCCUUCAAGCUAGCUGCAUUAAACCUGAUAGGAUUUUCUUCUAAGUUAACAUAUAUAGGAAUGGGUAAUGUUUAUGUUCGUUUAUUUGGACCUUACCAAGGAUGGCAAGAAGUCUUCUAUCUUUAUAGUAAGCCUCAGUCCCUGCCUAUACUGCUUUCUGAAUAAACUGUUGUUACUUGUCCUAACAUGGCAAAGGGAAUAAAAAAGGGCAACUAAAAUAUGAAAAAGUUAUCAUCUCUGCUUUUUGCUGGGGAAGAGAAGGGGAAGCAUAAUUUGGGCAGAUAAUGUUAAAACUUGCCUUUUCCUAAAGCUCCUUGUUUGAAAUAGUGCAGAUAAAAUUUUCUGUUUUGCUUUAUUCAUAUAUGUAACCUAAACAGAAGACUGCUUUUGGUGGUAGUUGACUGUUUACCACUAUCUGGGAGAAAUGGCUAUAAGGAGUUUGUGUGUGUGUGUGUGUGUGUGUGGUAGCUUGUUGCAUUUGCUCAUGAGUAGGUAUUGUUUCACAUUGCUCCAAUCUCCAAGUAGUGUGAGAUUCCAGGCGCUUUGACCAAGGUUCAUGUUUGCUUUUGGAAUUGAGGCACAGUGGGAGACUGUGGUGUCUUUAAGAUAUAUGGCUUAUUUACACAUAUACGGUAUACAACCUGAGCCUGCGAUGGAGGGGUUCACAGCAUCAACAACCCCCCAAAAGUCUUGUUUCCCCCAUAGUAUCAGCCUUGGAUUCAAACAGACACUAUUGCUCUGUCUCCCUGUCUUCUCAUAGCUUGCUGUUUUAUAUCUGGCCCAUAUCACAGUAACUGUCUCCCUCAACUCUAGCUUUGUCUGUUGAGGGAGGGGAGGCACCCAUUUGUCAUGUCAUGCCAAGCACCGUAAUCCCCCAUCACAUCACCAGGAAGCUAGCUUGGCUAUUCCAGGAAUUAGAAAGCUUGGAUAGCUUUUAACACUUGCUGGAUCCAGGGAUUAGAGGGGUCUGGCAUACAGCUUAACAUCCCAAACUCAUAAUAGUACUAUAGUUUGUCAGCUCCUUAGGGACAGAGACCUAUCAACCUGUUCUUCUUUGGCGAUCACUCGUAGCCAAGUAAGAUUGUCUCCCAUGAACACAGUCUUAACAGUGACUCUGUAAGUGACUGUGGAGGCCAAUUCUGGACCCACAUGUCCUUCCACAGUAGGGACUUAGGUUUCUGGGUGUGAGUUGAUCAUGGUGAGGGUUUGCCAAACAUGCCUUCCUCUUAGCACAUUUUUCCCUUUCGUCCUGAGUUCAAGUCUCUUCAAAGUCCAUGACACCUUUGGUAAAGGCUGUUCUCCAAUUGUUGGUGUUUAUAUUACAUUUUUUAAGAUUUGCCUUGAGAGACUCUUUGAACCUCUUUUGUUGACCACCAGCAUUACACUUUCCAUUUUUAAGUUUGGAAUAGAGUAGUUGCUUUGGAAGAUUAUAAUCAGGCAUUUGAACAACCAGACCAGUCCGAUGAAGUUGAUGUUGAAGAAUCAUUGCUUCAACACCGGUGAUCUUUGCUUCUUCCAGUACACUGGCAUUUGUUUGCCUGUCUUCUCAUGUGAUAUGCAAAUUUUUUCAGAGACACCAUUGAUGGAAACUUUUGAGGAGUUGGCAUUUAUAAGUGGUCCAUGUUUCACAAGUGUACAGUAAGGUUGGUAGUACAACAGCUUUGUAAACAAGCAUUUUGGUCUCCCUAUGAAUGUCCCAGUCCUCAAACAGUCUUGCACUUCAAUCGGGAGAAAGCUGCAUUCGCUGAGCUCAGGCAAUACUGGAUUUCGGCAUCAAUGUCUGCCAUUGUGGAAAGAUAACCAGAAAGAAACCAGUAACGUAUAAUAUAUGAUGAUGCUUUAUGCAUAAUAAUGAAAAAGGUAGUCAAACCACCAACAGGACCUGAAAUUUUGUGCAAGUUUUUCAAAACACCCAACCCAGGAAGUGGAACUAUUUAUAAUUUGGGUGGUAGUGAGGAAGAACUUUCACUCUCUCAUCUAGUUCCCCUUGCAGUCAGGAUCAUCCUUGCAUUGUACAGUUGUAACGUGUCUGGAGGCUUUCUUACAGGCUUCUGUACUGCAGCAGGAUCCUAAUUUGCUCACAGGCCAGCCCCUUUUAUCAGACUGGAGUCAGCACAAAAUCGGGUGCUGGUGAAAGGAGAAGAAGGAAUUCAAACAAAGAAAUCUAGGCAACACCUACCACAGAUAUUUAUUCCUUGCACAAUACUGGUACCUUUUAAAGUUGCAUAAGGCAUAAGCAGUCCUGUGAGAAGCCUCUUCUCUUUCUCCCCUUCUGCUCUGGGUACUCAUGCAAAAACUCAUGCAUGGGUUCACAUCCCCUCCAUGCACUGGCUGCACAACCCACUGAAUCCUUGUGGGCAGUGCAGAAGCUUGUGCAGUUUGAAUGUACUGAAUUGUACAGAGAAUACUGUGCAAACCCUCAUCCCAUGGUUUUUGUAUCAUCUCUGGUGUCUGGUUGGACAACAUGAGCGAAUGGAUUGGAAAGCUGGUCUGUUACAAUUUAAUUAUUUCUGGUUCUUUUGCUUUAGCUGUGUCCUCCUCCUUUUCCUCCUCUUGCUGUGAUGGCAAAGGUUGCUGCUGUGGCUGCCUCUGUGACUAACAGCCUUUAGGCUCCACUGCUUUCAUUAGUGCUGUUGUGGUUGCAGGAAGCCGAAGGAGGGAACAUUUGAAAAGAGCAGUGAUGGAAAUCCUAAAAUGUGUGUGUAUUUUAAAGAAUGCUGAUUUAUUUUUCUUUUGUCCCCUCCCCCCCUUUUUUGCAGCAAACAGUUACAUGCAUACUGCUCUGUGUUUUGUUUAUAUACUGUAAAUUUCUGAUAGCUGGAAUCCCCAGCAGAUUCCCGAAAACCCUAUUCAGGAUUUCCAACCCCUAGUAUAAUAAUAUAUUGCUGGGCAUGUGGAAAUGGCAUGGCCAGCAAAUGACUAAGAGCUGCCUUGGUAGACAGAGCAGCAUUCAGAAGGAAACCUGGGAACUUGGGAUGAGAGAAACCCCAUACUGUGAAGGGGAAAUGCUGGUGUCAUUUGCGUGAAUGGGAAACACAGCUUUGUGGGAUUUGGCCUGUGGUAGGUGCUUCAGAGUGGAUCUGAAGUAUUCUGCAAAUGUAUCCAAGCUAAACAUAAGCUAAACCUAGUGGAUUUCAGUGGCUGGUGUGUCAUCUCUGUGGUCUGAAAAAGGGUUUUCCUUUUUUAAUUAUUGCCGUCAUGAUUGAACUUUGUGGAUGCUCAGAAACAAGCAUCUGUCAGCUAGCUUCUAUCUGGUGCAAGCUUCAAUCCAGUGGCAUUUUUACACAUGUACCCACAAAUGGUACAAGGGUGUGCCUCUUUAUUAACAAUGGCUGGAGUGCAGAAGGCAGCAGUUUUAAAAUUAGGAACAUAGGAAAUUGCUGUAUACUGAGUCAGAGCAGUGGUCCAUCUCUGACUGGCAGCAUCUCCAGGGUUUCAGAGGGCAUUCCAAGUCCUGCCUGGAGAUGCCACUGGGAAUUAAACCUGGGACCUUCUGCAUGCAAACAGAGUUGGAUGAGCCUGCAGGAGUCAUCUAGUCCAGCCCCAUGCAAUGCAGGAAUCUUUUGCCCAACAUGGGUCUCAAACCCAUGACCUGGCGAUUAAGAGUCUUGUUGUAAACGUAACUUAAAUGUGAAAUCAUAGAAUCAUAGAGUUAGAAGAGACCACAAGGGCCAUUGAGUCCAACCCCCUGCCAAGCAGGAUGACCCAUCUUCUUUCACAUGUUCAGCCUAGAGAAGCUGAUCAGAAGCAGACAAUUUUUAGCAUGCCUGGGUUGGACUCAAAGGUUGGUUGUGCACGAGAGAGGCUGUUCCUGCAGCCAAUCUCUCUCAAUUCCUUCUUGACUUCUUUACUCUCCCAAAGGUUCUUUGGGGGAUUGUGUGACCCUCAAAACAGCUUUGGUUACAUUGCAGGGACUGCAGCAUCAGGAGGAGAGAUCUCUCUCCAAACUGGGCAGACAUCUCUUGUGAAACUGAAAUAUACUGGGAGUUGAGAGUGGAUUUCAUGCUCUUUAUUCAGCUCAUAGUGGUGAGGAGGAAUGGAAGUCCCCCCAGAAUGUCUGCUUUAUAUACAUUAUUUACACAAUGGGCCCCACGUGACUGGCUAAUUCCAGGAUUCACCUGUAGGCCAAUCAGGUUGUGGAUUCACUUCCACCUGGAGCUGGAUUGGGUGGCUCCUGUGGACCAAUCAGACUGCUGCAUUCUGGAUCCUAUUGUUCUAGGACCAAUCAGACUGCUGCAUUUUGGAUCCUAUUCAACUCAGUACAUAACAGAAAGCAAUGUACGAGGAAUCAUUUUUUCUUUUUUUAAAGAAGAAAACUGCCUUAUGCUGAAUCAGACCAUUGUCCAUCUCCUUUAGUAUUGUCUACAUGUACUGGCAGCUGUUCUCCAGGGUUUCAAACAGGAGUCUCUCCUAGCCCUGUGUGGAGAUGCCUGGGAUUGAACCUGGGACCUUCUGAAUGCAAUGUAGAUGUUCUGCAGCUCAGCUGCAGCCUUUCUCCAAAGAUUAUAUAGUUCUGUGUCUGGAAUUUCCCAUCCUCCAUCCCUUUUCUAUUUGUUUUCUUUAUAUAAUAUUUUUUUGACCGUACAUUACAAACUUUAUUUUCUGAGGGGGUUUCUGUUUUUCAGAGUACUCUGAAUCCUUCAGUAUUAGUGUCUAAAACCAAAACAUCUCAAUAAAACCGAAAUUUCCCAGUGGAAGGGGCUUUUAUUAUUUCUUUUAGCAUGACCCUUCAUGAACUGUGCAGCUAGCACAGCAGUGCUGAUACAGAUUCUCUGUUUUUUUCCUUCUGUUGUGCUACCAAGAGAUGCUUUGGGAGCGAGUAUCAUUCUGUAGCAUUGGAUCAUAUAUGGUAUGCACUUUUGUGGAAUAUUCCUCUGUUUCCACCCAUUCCUUUUUUUUUAUAUCUUGCUACAGGUUGAAUUUUGCUUUUGAAAGGUAGGGGGAAAGGAAUUAUCUCUGGCAUUUUCUAUUGCCCGCCCCCACAAGCCGCUUCCUGGAUCCUUUCCACCUGAACUUAUGACCAAGGAUUCCACCCUAGCCCCAGCUCUUGCUUUCCAGUUCCAGAAGAUGGGCUCAUUCCGGAGGCCCCGGCCACGUUUCAUGAGCUCCCCAGUACUGACUGAUUUGCCACGGUUCCUGGCAGCUCGGCAAUCUCUGCAGCUUAGCUCCAACUCUGCCUGGAACAGGUGAGCACCACUCUUUUCACUAAGAAAAGCUGCCUUUGCAUAGCUUAAUUGAAUUUAAUUGAGUAAAUGUGUGUACAGUAUGUGGGAGAGGCUCCAUUAUAUUCCAUCAUGCAUCUGCAACUUGCCUACACAGGCAUUCUCUCCCCCCCCCCCCUGAAUGUAGCAAGUGCAUUAAAACUAGAUGAAUGAAUUUGUGUAAUGCCUCUAUUUUUGUGUGUUUGAUGGCAUCUAGUUCUGUUUCCCCAAUCAACCUUUUAAGCAAUGGUAAGCAGUAGAAGCUAUCCAUACUAGGGAGUCUUCAUCGGUAGGUACAUAUUUUCAGAGUGUAUAAUUUUAUAUUUGUUUUUUACAGAAAUUGUAAAAAACAUUCAGAACCAUAUGUAGCUAUCCUGCCUCUUGGUGCAUGUGUAAUCAAAACCAUGGCUUUGCAGGGCGAGUGCAAACCAUAGCUUGCUGAUUUAAAUGUUAAGACGGUGGUAUGUUUUAAACUGGAAGUUAGGAAAAGAAUCUGAGCACUAGCUUGGCAGGAAUGCAAGAGCCCAAGGCUCAGUUGUAUAAUGUCAGACAAGGUUUGAUGUUGCAGCUUCUGACAUUAGAUCAGGAGCCAAAAGCCCAUCCCUAAUCUGAUGCUUGCUGUUUUCUGUAGAAUACACCAACAGCAGUGACUGACUCCAGUCACAUUUUACUCUCAAAACUGUGCUGUGGAAUUUCUUUGCUAACAGCAUUGUUCCGCAUGAUAGAGGGGUAACUUUGUAUAAGCAGAUGCCCACACAGCUCAACUGAGUCUGUUUCCAAAUUCAGUGAAGACUCUUGUUCCCUUGACUAUGGUGUUCUGUUUUCCCCUACCUUUCCUGGGUAAUACCCUUGAUGGAAUAGGGGUCCUUGGUUCCUUGUAGUAACACAGGUAGGAAAUCUGCAGUCUGGAUCAUACACAGUACUUGACCCCCCCCCUUGUUAUAGCUAGUACAGGCCUGUGAAACACAGUCAAUUUUCUUAAAUGUCUAGCCAUCCAUUAUAUUUCUACUCCCAUAUUUCCAGAGUAAAUUGGAAUACAAGAUGGCAAUUUUUUUAGUGUGUUUUUUGUUGCUGAACAAGAUGAUGCAGCGCUCAUGAAAAAUGGCACUGAAAAUGACCUGUGCCAUUGGCUACUUUUCAUGAUGGCUAUGCUCUACCUCCACUGUCAGAGGCAGGGAAACACAAGUGGAAAGAGUGUUUUUGCACUCUGGUCCUGCUUGUGGGAUUCCAAAAGGCAUCUUUUUGGUCACCAUGAGAACAGGAUGCUGGACUAAAAGGUUCUUUGCCCAGCAGAGCUCUUGUUAGGUGGCAGUAGUUUAAGAGCAGUAGCUUAGUGUGGGUCUAAUAACUUCUGCUUGUUGGUGAGUGAGUGGGUAUUAGUCCCUUGGUGUGUAUAAACUGUGUUUUCUGCUCUGUUACUUAUUGGCAGCCAUUGGCAAACAACUCUGAUGAUUCCAGGGAGAGGGGGGAAAAAGCAGAAGCAAUUUAAGGACAAUUAAUCUACUUCUCUGCUUACUGAUAUAUUUACAUGGCUCCUGACUGCUGUUUCAUUGCUCCGUGUAAAUCAUACUGAUGCAAGUUAUUUAUGGCUGCCCUAACUGUCUUGCUUCUAUUUGGCAGUGUUCAAGCAGCAGUGAUCAAUGUGUUCAAAGGGGGAGGCUUGCAAAACAAUGAACUCUACAUCCUCAAUGAAAAUGUAAGGUAUGUUGCUCUGACUCUGUUGUAUAGAAUUGCCUGCCUGAUGCAGAACAGGUGGCGCAACUGAGACCUGUGUGUAUAUGACCAUGGCAGUUGGUUGGUUUACGAGAUUCACAGCCUGCCUUUUUUAUUUUUCUUGGCAGUGAUGCAAUAACUGUUGCUUGAAGCUUUUCUUAUAUAUAUACACAAAAAUGGACUAAGCAGUAGCUGGCGGAGUGGUGGUGCUCUCUCCUGACAGCUGAGUUACUGUUUACCAGGAAUGAGAGGUGCGAGGCACUGGGGAGGUUGACAUGAUGCAAACAUAGUGUUGGGAGCACAGGAUUGGCUGUCUCUCUCUCCUUAUUGAUGACCACCAGUAACUCAGCUGUUGGGGGUUAGGUGAGCACUGCCCACCCCAACACGCCAUCUUCUACUGGCACUAAGCAUAAGGUUCAUCAUGUACAAAAUGAUUCUACUUGGGGAAAAUGAGUGCUGGAUCAGACCCAUAUGCCGAUAGAUGACAUCAGGCUCUUAAUAGGCUGCUUUGAUUUCCACUGUACCCCAAUCACACACUCACCAAAUUAUUGAACUCUCUGUGGAGCUAGGAAGCUGAUAGUAUUGCAGAUGUUCUAGUUUACUAAUAGCAACUACUCUGUACAUGGUCAGAAAUGCUGUUAUGCAUAGUUAUAUUUGCAGGAUUCAGAGCAGAGAUCCCCAAAGUUAGGGAAUUUCCACAUACCUAUUAUUUUUUAAGGUAUGGUUGUUAUUGAGCUCUCUUCUCCUCCUCUUGCUGCUUCAGGAAUGAGUGAAUGUGUGUUCUUUGUGGUUUGAUUAAAUAAGCUGGAACCUGGGGUUGCUGCCCAUUCUUCAGUCAUGGUGAUUCGUGGAGGUAUAUUUUGAAAGGUGAAAUCAGAUUUCUGCUUUGAUGGCUGGCUUCUAGCGGCACUGGAUGCUUGCUCUUUGGGUUCUAACUUAGAUGAAAUUAAUGCUUUGGCACUGAAUUUGUGUGUGUGUAUGUUAUGGGCAUGGCACCUGGGCAACAGCUGGAUGGGGGCUCCGACCUCUUAACAUCUUGACAUAUAUUUCAAUGUUCAUUAAUUUAUGAGUAUCUCAGUCCACUGGUGAAAGCUGGGAUACUCACAGUGUGAAAGACAGACUACUUACUUGCAUGCUAAGUUCAUUUAAACAAAAGCCCUCAUCAGACAAUUAUGCUAAAAGAUUAAUUUCCUAGAGUAAGACUCUACAAAGUGAGCACGGGGUAGAGUUCGUUUCAUUUCCCAGACUUGGGUUUUUCUCUUUGCAGUGCCAGCGAUCAUGGCUUUUAAAAUACUACUCUUAACCUUGAGUAACCAUAAAGAAUGACCUCCUUGUCUUUUCUCGUCCUUCAAUGUCCUCUCCCCACCCGCCUCUAUGAACUUAGUUUGAACGUCGUCAACACAGAGGAAGCCAAACUGUUUUGACAAAAGGUUAUUAGUGUUUUGAGUGCCACUGUUUUGGGGAUGAAACUGCUGAGGUUACGCAAAGUUAUGUAUUAAGUUAGGAACAGUUUUAACAUUCUCCAUGGCAGUAUAAAAGCCUUUUUGUACUCGUUUUCAGUAUUCUACUUGAAAACAAAUCUAUAAGGCAUGAAAUUCCUCCCACAAGGUUUGAUUUAAAAAUGAAGGCUCCUUAAAAUUCUGUUCACUGAUUUUUAUAUCAUCAGAGUAAGACGAUUGCUUCUGCAUGCUUUGACAAAUUACUUUAUAAGUUGCCUCUGGAAUCUGAUUCCUCCCUCCCCUGCCUCCCAUCAAACUGUUUUCUUAAUGCAUUCUCCAAAUUUAACCUUAGAACGAUAGGUUGCCCUUUAAAUUGUGGGAAAAAAGUAGUACAAUUGAUCUUGCUUUAUGGAUUGACAGUAUUACUAUUAUCCUCAUCUUCAUCAUUUAUUAGAAUUAUAUAGCCACCCCUCAAUAAAUGUUCUCUGGGUGGCUUACAAAAAACAAAAUCACAGUAAUAUAUAGAAAUGACAAUAACCGUAAGGCAAGAAAUGGCAUUAAAUAAUUUAUAGCCAGGAUUUAAAAUGCACUUGAAAAACCAUGGUGAAUAAAGAUAUAUUUGCCUGGCACUGAAAAGGCCAUCAGGAUGAUGCUGAGACACCCUUUCUGGGUAGGCUAUUCAAUAGCAGAGACACUAUUUUGAAAAGGCUCCCCAAUGUCAUGGACUGGUUGGAUGCAGAGGAAUAACAAAGUAAAUUGGUAGAUACUGCAAUUUCCCUUGGACAAUGUGUGGUUGCUUUCUGCUUUCCCUCUUCUCAUAACUUUCUUUGACCUUUUUAUUUAUUUGUGGUCUGCAAACUGUAAAUUAUAUUCAUAUUUUGGAAGUUAGGAAUGGUGGUCAUGCAUUUUAUUGAGCAGAUUGGCUUGUAGCAAGAACACAAAUAGUAAGUGCAUUGGAGUGGAGGGGUUGGAGAGAAGGCUGGAAGAUGUCAGUCAGUAACAUGAUGGAGAGAAUGGCCUUUUUUCAUCUUCAUCUCACAUGCCCAGAUAAGAACUCUGUUGGCAAACUAGUUUGCCCACUGAUUAGGAUGAUUAAAAAAAAGCAGGGACCAGUGACCAGUGAGAAAAUUUGCUAAGCACUAUUGUAAGAGAAUUUAGCACCAAAACACGUCCCUUGCAUCUCUUUUGUGGAUCAACUACAUCAAAAGAAAACACUGUGAACCAUAAAGAGGAAAGUGAUUUAGGACAGCAGGCCUUCCCUCCCUCCCUCUGUGUGUGGGUGUGCACACAUGCAUGUGUACACAUGUGAUGUCACAGUAGUUGACACAGAAAUGGGUUCAUUAACUGGGAAGUCUUAGAUAAGGGUUAUCUUUGUUGCAUAUCUAUUUACAGGUUAAGUUUAGUUCAGGUGGUGUAUGAAUUUGGCAUAGUUUGUGAUCCUGUAGUGGUUUAGCACUCCUUAUCACCAUCCUGAGCUUCAUUUGGUACUAAGCAAAAGUGAGGAUUGAGAUGUACUUAAUUCUGUUCAGGGUAUUCCUAAAAGCUCCUUAGGUAGGGUUGCUAUAUUUCAAGAGGUAAAAAUCCGGACAUAAAAAGUUGUUGAGCUUUGUUAGGGCAGUUGCCCAAUAGCCCCUCUGCCGCUGCUGAGUCAGAGUCUAGGGCACCUGUCCCAGAACCAGAACCACAAGCACACUUAAAAAAAAACAAAAAACCCCAAAAUCCAGGACAUUAGCUUUAAAAUGUAAAAUUUCCCCCCUGAUGGGCAUGUAAGAGCCCCCAAAGAUAUGCCCAGGAAUUCCUAGACGUAUGGCAACCCUAGUCUAGGUAUCACAGGGCCCUAAACAGAAUGGCAGUCCAUUUAUGGUGGACCACUCCCAGAAGCUUCUCUGCCAAGCUCCUUGCUUUACAAGAUGCAGACCAGAAGUUUGAAAUUGCCCUCUCGGGUCUAGCACUAAUAGACAUUAAAAAGCAAGGCAGCUAUAGCCAUCUGUGUUACACUGCUCAGCAUAUGGGAAAAAAAUGUCGGGUCGCAUGCUGCCUCCCUGUGUAGUCAAACCAAACACAAUGCAUUGGAACAUGGGAUUGGCCUAGGUCUGAAAAGAAACCCUGUCUCCCAUGGCAAUUGCCCAUGCUACCUUGGAAAGCAGCUUGGCAGAGAAGAAGGCCUCCUGAUCAAAUUCUCUGCCUAAAUUCAGCCUAGUCCCAAAUAGAUCUGUUUUUCUAAUCCAGAUCACCAUAUGCUCCAAUGAAAUGAACUUUGCAGCGGCUGAUACAAGUUGAAUCCACAACAUCUGGAUGGCCACAGGUUCACCAUCCCUGGUAUAAAGCAAAAGGUUCCAUGUGACUCUCAAAAGUCAGUCGAGCCAAGUUAGGAAAAUUGCUUUAGCUUUGAGGACAAUGUGUUCCUGUAAGAACUGUUCUGGGUUUAGGCAACAAACCCCCAAACCCAGUGCUGUUUCUCUGGUCAGUGGCCAUAUCAGAAGCAUCAUAGAAAACAGGAAAGAAUUUAAAACAAAAAGAACGCUUCAAAACGGUUUGCAGUCCUUAUUGGUACACCUGUGUUUUAUAGAGUUGAUUUUUAUUGAAUGGGCUCUGGGAAAUCUGCCUGUAAAACAUUUUUUAUGACAUGUGAUCCAUUCCUUUUCAGGCGAUUGUUGAAGAGUGAACUUGGAUCUUUCAUCACAGACUAUUUCCAGGUAACAUCUGUUCCUUAAGUGGACAGUUAAAGCUUUCCAAAGUUGUUUUUGUCUUAUCUUUUGGCUUGUUCUUAUGAUGCUUGCUUUGGCUUUUCCUGUUCUGUAAAGUAAAUGGGAUGGAUUCAUUUUCAUGAGUAGGUUUGCAUACUGUUGCCUCUUCCAAGCAAAAUCUUGGAUCUUGGACAAAGGGUUGCAUAGUUUGUAUGAACAACAUUGCUUACAUGGUAAUAAUCACUGAAAUAAGGGUGGACAACUCUAUUUCAGUUUGCCAGGAGAUACACAAUGGCAGAGUCACAGUUUUUAUUUAAUUAGCUAACAAGGAGGCCUCACGAGGGGCUGGUUGUAGUAUUUAAAAUCCGCAAGGAAUUUUUUCCUUUUCUUUAUGUAUUUCAGGGCGAAGUCCUGGCACUAAAAAUCAGUGUCUGGAGUAAAACUUUGUUUAAAUUGGCUGAUGACCCAUCCCAGUUGCUGCUAAUCCACACUGGGUGUAGUACACUUAGAAAGACCAGUUGCAUCAAAGCAACAAUGGUAGCUCAAAGGAAAUGUCCCAUUCCACAAAAGAAAUUACUUUGGGGUGCUCCUAAUUCCCCAUUCCUGGUGCUUCUUGUCAAGUGGCUCUAGGUGCUGGUGUAAAACUAGAGGUGCUCGUUGUGGGUCUGUGCUAUGAUGGCAACACUUACCCCUAUGCAAGAGCUAUGCAGUGGUGAGAUGAGAUGCUAUUCAAGUAGAAAUUGGUAGCAUUUAUGUGUGGGAUGGAAAUGAGAUAAGUGGUCAACCCACACAUCCCUAGUAUUCUGUUGUGUGAGCACAUAUUCUGUGUCUUGCUUUGAAAUGGUGAAUGGAAAUGUUAACAAGGCUUUCCAGAAAUUCUGAAACUUGCCCGGCAGCAAUCAUUCACAUACUGGAGGGGGAAAUGAUGCAUUAGUCAAAGUGAGAUACUAUAGCAGGUGGAUCACCUUUAAUCACAAGUUGGGGGCUUUCACCUGCAGUUCACAUUGGUUCAGUCCAGGGAUUCAGCGAUGAACAGCUCCUAGCCACAGGCUUAUGGGUCCUUCUUGUGUGUAGGAGAGGAGGAGAUUAGAAGCUUCUGCUUCUGGCUACCAGCAAAUCAUAGUUAGCUGUUAAUGUCUCGAUGCAACAAAUUUCCCAAACUAUGGUUUGAUCCUGGUGGGUCAUCCUGGUUUGUGGAUAAGGAAAGAAGCGAGUGCAUAGACCUUAGUCUCCCUGGUGCCCAUUCCCGAUUUUCCAAACCAUGGGUUUAUCAUGUGAGUAACAAACCUUAUGAUAUAGUCUUAAACACACUAGGGAAUAAGCCACACUGAACACAGUAAGCAUGCAAAGAAUUUCACUGAGUUCUGUUGCCCUUUAUGCAAGUGUAAAGUAAUUGAAUCCAAAGAGAUGCUUGUUGCUCCUGGUUUCACAGUCUCACAUUGUGCUGCACAUUAUUACAAUUGUUGAAGGAAAUAAGGUUUCACCAAUGCCAUCUUCAGUAAAAAUGUGAUGCAUGGGAGCAAUAUAUGCAUUUUUUAAACAGCCGUGUACAUGCAUCAGGAAGAUCUGGGCCAAGUGGAUUUCUCAGAAACCCAAUAUGGAUGUCUAAAGAUGCUUGAGCAUGCCUAUUUUAUGAUGAAAUGUUUGCUGCAUAGUGGUAGCACACAUGCUUCCUGCAGCCAUCAUAAUGUCACCAGUAGCUCCGUUGAGACAGGGCUUCUCAUAGCAACAUGAUUUCAUUGUGCCGUAUUUCUCUCCCGGUCAAAAAGAGAGGAAAGAAAAGCUAUAAAAAAAUCUGAACUUGCCAAAACUGCCUGUAUGUGUGCCAGCACUAUAAAAAUAACUGGAUGUGAUCGUUUCCUGUAGAUAUUUUAUUGCAUGCCAUUUUGUAGUACAAAUUUGCAAUGGCAAUCCUCAAGGCAAGCGAGCUUCAUCAUGGUAGAUUAAUCAAUGAAAGCUUUAGUGGAUUAAUUGAAAAGGAUUUGAGUUAAAAGCACUUCUGUUGACUGUUUGGUUCUGGCAUGCUUCUGUGUUAGAAAUGAAAAUGGGAAUUAAGGGAAGAUACGUAAGUUUUUCUUCCAACGGCGACUAGUAGUUUUUGUUAAGUGAAUAGUAAUCUCAAUAUUCCCGCAGCAUCUCAAAAAACACCUAAAAGCAUGGAUUUUCUCUUGGCCUCUUUUGAAAAGCUCCCUACCUUGUCAGUUCAGGAUUGGAGAUGGUGCAUUGAUCCGAUGUAAAAUUAUAAUAAUAAUAAUCUCUAACUGUAUGAGAUUUCAACCCAUUUAGGUCUCGGAAUAAACAAAGUUUAAAGUUGGAAACUAUUUUCAACACAAGGGCCUCAUUUAUAUUUUUAGCAGCAUUUGGGGGCUGCGUGGCCAUGGUAAGUAGGACCAGAGUAAAAAAAAUGAUACAGUAAUAGAUGUGACCCUUACCUUUGUACUGUAGGCUACAUUCUAGCCAUGUAAACGUCAAUAGGUUUUCGUGGGGCCACUCCUCUCCACUGUCCAUCUAUGGAGAGCCAGAUGGACUGAAACAUCCCUCUAGGCACACAAAAGGCAUCACAGUUCAAGGUCUAGUUUCAGUCAGGCAAAAGCACCUGAGGCAGAGCAGGGUCAGUGGAUGGGGUUGGUUAGGGCCAUAUAGGUCUGAAGGGCCACAUCAGGCACCUGGACCCUGACAUUCCCUUUCCUGCCAUAGUUUAUCUCUGAACCCCUGACAAUAUCUGGUUUGUGGUUAAAAGUAUAAAUCAACACAAACCUUGGGGUUGUGCAUUCGUUACUCUCUUCCUUCCAUAUUGCUGGGGAUCAGAAUGCAAGCUUUCUGUUUCGUUAGUGUCAAACCGUAGUUGGCUCACAAGUCAGGAUACUAUAGUUGAAGAAUCCUGGCUUGUGCUCAUAACAGCAAGCCAUGGACUGCUAUUGUGUCUGAAUUGAGUUGGUCUGAAAGUCUACAGGACGCAAUGUUUGAUGACAGGAGAAAGCACUUGAGGGAUGAGCUAUGGAGAGCCAGACGGAUUGAAACACUAUUCCUAUCUGCAUUGUCUGAGUGCUCUAUCAUCCCUGCUCUGAUCUUAGAAGGAGGGAGUGCUUAAUAAAAAUUGUCUAUGUUUCUAGAUGCAUUCUUCUAGUGAUGGAUCAGUGUCCAGGAGAAUAGAUUAUUGCACGCUGUAGGAGGCUGCAUAUAUGCACUGAACUCUUAUUCAGACCAGACUUCCAGAGGUAGUGGAAAAGCUGGAGAACGAAUUUCUGCUCAAAUAAUACAUGUAUAUACCACAACAAACUGCCACUGAUUUGGGGGAAUCAAGUCAGGGGGAAGCUGAAAUAGGACUACCAUCAUCCCUGGCUAUUGACCAUGCCUGCUAGGGCUGAUGGGAGGGUUCCUCACACCUGACCAAGACUGAAACAAAGCAUAAACACUGUUAUCCAGGAACACUUGAUCUGCAACAGAUGUAAAUUUUAAAAAUAACAACAGAAAGAGCUAUUGUACUAUGGGAAAUGUGUGUGUGUGUUUUAAAUGUCUCAGCAUUUAGGAAUGAGGAUUGAGGAACAUCUACAGCAGAAGAGGGUAGAAAAAAUGUAUCGUCUCUAGUACUUUUGAAAGUUCGGUUAAUUGCUCAAGAAUAAAAUUCCUUUGUAGAAAAGCUCCAGGAAGAUACUCUUGAAUUCUUUUGCAAUGUCGUUUCUUGAGAAUUAACUGAAAGGAGACCAAUCAACAAAUCUAAAAGUUGACAUUGGCAAAAGUGAGUGAAGCAAUGAAUGUGAAUUUUACCUUUUGUACAGCACACUGGUUUUUCCAUAUGCUCCUUUCUAACCUCCAUCCACUCACAUAAAAGCCAUUAUCAAAGUUAAAAGCAGUGCUGACCCCCCAGGGGUGCUCAAGGGUACGCAGUACCAGUACCUUUUGUUUUCUAGAAUGAAAUAACUGGUUAAAAAUGUGGUGCUUACUUUAAGAGCUUCAUGGUGAGUACCAGCCCCAUUUUUCUAGAAGAAAGGGCACAUUCUAGUCAGCAGGAAAAGCAUUCAGAAGGUGUGAGCUAGGCUGCUGAGGAGUGUGGCCUAGGAAGACUGGGAGUAGUUGGGGCAGAGUCCCGGGGAUCAACUAGAGAGGUGUGGAGGGUUGCAUUCUGCCUUGAGUCUGACAUUCUUCAACCCUGAUCUAAUAGAGCACAGCACAAGCAUGCAUAUUAUUUGCCAUUCUUAUCACCAGUUAGACUUUUAAAAAUCUCUGUAUACAAUUACAGUAGAACCUCUACCUGCAACCAUAAUCCGUUCCGGACAUCCGUCUGGAGGUCGAAACGGGUUGCUGGGAGAGGCACCGUUGUGCACGGGCAGCGAUUGCCUGCGUCUGUGCAUGCACAAACGGCGAUCGCUGCUCCUGUGCAUGCGCGAAUGGUGGCAAACCCGCUGGUUACUUCUGGGUUUGCUGCAGACAUUGAGCGAAAUGGACGCAAGCGGAGGCGGACGUAAGAAGAGGUUUGACUGUAAUCUCAAGACUAUGUACAAUGUAAAGAUAACAUACACUGAAUAGAAAAUCAUAUAAAUCCAGUUUGGUUAUCACAUCUACAGAGUCAUAUCAACAGUAAAUUGUUCUCCUCCUAACAAGCAGGAUGUGAAUUGCCAAAUAAAUAAACAUCUUUCUCCUGACCUUGUAUUUAACUACAAGCAUAAACUGUGUCCACAUGUGCACAACACAGCCGCAGCUGCUUCCUCAUGCACUUCAUAUAUGGGACAAAUGUGAGACUUUGCCAUUCACUUGAAUGCCGGAGGUUUGUUCCAUAUGCACACCUCAUUCCACCAUCCAAGUUAGAAUGCUUUUGAGUCUGGGUCUGUAAAAAUUACAAAUGUAGAUUCCAAAACUGCUGCAUUAGUGCAUCAGAUUGAAUGGGAACCGUUUCAUGUGGGAGAUGUGUUUGAGGGCAGCCGCUUGCCACGUGGAGCCUCAGAUAUUUUCUGUGCUUUCACAAACCUGCAGGAGGGAAGUUUGCAGAGCUGUGGGGAAGAUCUGAAAUUUCAAGCGGUGAUUAUGGCUAUGUACACAUUUGCCCAUUUGUGGUGAGAAAAGGUAGUUUUUUUAUCAAGACACAAUUGUUCAUGCUUUUCCUCAGUGUGCUGCUUUUGAUCAAGGUUUGGUUCCAGAUCCUGCUCUCCACAAGGAUGGGUGUGGUUAGUUGAUAUGUUUGAAAACCCAUCCCUUAAUUAGAUUAGCCAAUUACACCUUUUCCUCCACGCACCUGCCCUGGGUGAAGGAAGAGGGAAGUGGUAAUCACAAUCUUGGUAUAUGUCCAUCUGCAAUGUCAUUGGUCAGAUGUGGAUAUGCCACAUUGCUGGAGCUGCCUUCAUUAGUUUUCAAAUGGGCACACUGUUAGGUGGGCUAGGGGGUAAUAUAGAAUCAAUCUGCAUUGAGCUUUUAUUUUUGGAAUGAAAAAGCAAUUUCCAGGAGCAAUUAGAGCAGUUGGGCAAUUAGAGCAAUUAAGGGAUGGGUGCAGUGUGUGGACUAGGUAGAAAAACAACACCGACAAGAUUCAGUAGGUAUUGACUGUAGCAUAUAAUGUUGCUUGUAAGCAGCAUUACAGGAGUAGACUAUUUCAGAAGCAGGAUAGCCCAAUACUCAUGUUCAAUUGUAGCUGAUAUGACAGAAGAUCAACCCCCCCUCAUCAUUUUCCUCCUAAUGCAAGGCAAAUGAGCUAGUUGACCCUUGUCAGCUGUAGGAGGCAUAUCUGUUUUUCCUUCCAUCCUUUCUUCUAGGUCAGCAGACUGAAAUGUGCCACUUCUACACAUCUUUACUUAAUUGUUGAGGACUCUUAUUGGCUGCAGGAUUGACAGAUUGUGCAAUAUGCCUUUCCUGUGCCUUAAUUGGACCUGUGUUACUGACCUUCUAUAACUGCAUAUACAUGCAGGUUAGAUGUUCCUAUAUUGAGUUAAAUCUGUCCUGGAUUUUCCUUGGAGAUGUAGGUGGUAGAAUGAAAGCAUAUUUUCCACCAUUCUGAGUUCAGAGCAGGACGUGUUAUUCAGCUAGACCACUGACUGUUGUGUAUAUAUGGCCACUAUGUAUGGGGAAAGAAGUCCUGAGGAAAUGGAAAGCAUAAUAAAUUAGCAUUCCUGAUGUGACCUGAGUGGUGGGCAAGGUUCCCUCAGAAACUUGAUUUCUAAAGAAAAGAUUUGGAGAGAGGUUUGCCUAAUUUUGCUAUCAUCCACCUUGGCCUAGCUUAAAGUGUCAGUGGGUCUCUGCCAGCUGAGCCUUUUCCUGUUGCUUCACCUCAACCUUGCAUUUUCAUUCAAGAAACUUUCCAUUACAUUGAGUACCUGAGACCUUUUGGGGGUGCCAAAUCAUUUUUCCACGGGACAUGUGAAAUGGCAUGAAUAAUGGGUAUUUGUCUUCCUAUUCUGGAAAACACAACAAUAUCUUCUUUCUUGCUGCCCUGGGCUUCUUUGAGGGGAACGGCAGGUCAAAAAACUGAAUAAUUUUUUUAAAAAAUAACAAAACUAUUACAGCAUUGUUUGUUACUGGCAAUUUCUUAACUAAUUCUAAGCCCCUAUUUCUAAGGAAUGCCCUGCCAUUAAAAGGAGACAGAGACCUCCAUGUAGCAAGAAAAACAAACAGACCCUGAUUUAUUUUAAGUGUAUAGUGUCUCUGAGAAUGUCUUACUUUAAUCCUAAAUCCUUUAAUUAGGGUGGCAUAAUCUUUCUAGUUCCACAAAAUAAAUAUAGCACUUUUGAAAAUAAGGCAUUGCAAACGAAUUUAUGAUUUGUCAAAAUGAGAAUAUCUGCUUCCCCACCAAUGCUAAACAUUCAGAAUGUCUGUGUGAUUUUUUUCACUUUCCUGGCUCCAUACCUCUCCUUUGGCUUUUUGUAAAAAUACAGGGAAGUGGUUGUUUACGUAGUCAGAUGUGACUGUUCCUCCUUGAUUUAAAAAAAGCACAACCCAACAACUUUGGAAUAUUAAUUGACAAAUCUGUUUUGUUCACUGCCCCUCCCCCAAUAUGUUGGCUUGCUUAUAAAGGUAAAGGGACCCAUGACCAUUAGGUCCAGUCGUGGACGACUCUGGGGUUGCGGCGCUCAUCUCGCUUUAUUGGCCGAGGGGGCCAGCGUACAGCUUCCGGGUCAUGUGGCCAGCAUGACUAAGCCGCUUCUGGCGAACCAGAGCAGCGCACGGAAACGUUGUUUACCUUUCCGCCGGAGUGGUACCUAUUUAUCUACUUGCACUUUGACGUGCUUUUGAACUGCUAGGUUGGCAGGAGCAGGGACCGAGCAACGGGAGCUCACCCCGUCACGGGGAUUUGAACCGCUGACCUUCUGAUUGGCAAGUCCUAGGCUCUGUGGUUUAACCCAUAGCGCCACCCACGUCCCUGCUUGCAUAUAUAUUACCCAUUAAUAAUUGGAAUAUAUGAGUAGUCAUGAAACCACAAUGAAUGGAUGCAUGUACACUCAGAGCAAAGGAGUGAAGCCAUUCCUGUUUGAGGGAUCAUUGCACUACUGCAGAACCUACACGCCCAGGUGGUUUGAGUUUGACUUCAUCCCCAAAGGUACAGUCCUCCAUUGUCUUCUGAGACAGAUGGAUGUCAACAGACUAUGUAUGAACCUGAAAGUUAGAAAGAAAAACCUGCCAGUAAAUUUAGAAGCAGGGUGUCACAUCCAUUACUCACUGUGUCCUUGUUUAUAUGCAGUGCUAAGCAAAGUAAUUGCUUAGGGUGAAUGAGGAAAUGGACAGGCUUCUAGAGAAGAGUAUAUGUCUGUUUUGCUCCUCCCCAGUCGUUCUGUGUUGUGCUGACCUAAGCCAUGGUUUAGAUUAGCGUUAUGUGCAAACCAUGCCAGGUUUGCAUGUACUCUGCUCCUGUUUGAGUCUGUUUUAUUUUUUUCCAAACUUGAGGAAACCAGUCCUUUGAAGCUUUAUUCUUCAUUCCCAACUUUAACAAAGGGUUAAAUAUAGAUAAUUAAACAACUGGCUAACUUACUCUGUUAGAAAGUAGAUAAAAUAAAGUUUUUAUUAUCAGCUCAUAACAGUAGAUGAUGGGGGUCACCAAGGUAAGCUGAUUGUCGGAUGAUCAGGAAAGGCAAAAGGAUAGACAAUGGAUGAAGUUUCUGCCACAUUCAUGAGAUAAAAACAUUUGUUCUCCUUUAAUUUUUGCUUUUCUUUCCUCUCUUCACUACCCAGCUUGAGGUUGCUGGUUUUAUGCAGCAGCUUAUUCCAUAAAGUACUACAUAUACACUGAAGAUGUCAUAUGCAGAGUAAAAAUUGUAUUGUACUCCUAAUUCCUGACAUAGUGGAAGACUAGCUGGGUAGUCAUAACAAUGUGCUUUAUUUUUAAUUUUAGACAAACAGUUAAUUUCCUGAGACUGUCUCUUGCCGCUCCAAAGAGAUUGGCCUAUUGUAUUAGUUUUCUAAUUGCAGAAUUUGGUGGAGGCUGUUGACUUUAGCAAGAGAUGUGGUUAUAGUAUGGGACCUUCAAGGUACGCAUGGUGUGAUACUGUUGUAAGGAAUAUUCUCUACUCCAUAUUUCUGGUGGUGGUGUGUUGAUUAAAUUGCAAGUAAGCUCACAUCGAGGGCAGAGCAUGUCUUUUCAUUCAUUAUUCUCAGGAACUUGAUAAAUGCACAGAAUGGAUUUCUCAGUUGCGGAGUUGUGGUUGUUAGCAUUGCAUGAACAUUCUAACCCUGUUUAACUGAAUUUAUCUAUCAUGGUACUACUUAUGGGUUUGUUGGCAAGUUGAAAAAUAAAGCAUGACUGAAUUGAACUGUAAUGCAGACCCUGCUUCUGAAUAAUCAUAUGAAAGAAUAGGCUAAGGGCAGAUUUCCUGGCUGUGGUUUUUGAGUGAUAAUUACUACACCAUUUGGCAGCUUAGUUAUAUGAAAUAGGUAUUACUGAAAGUGUGUGCUUUGCCAUUAAUACAGAAUUGGAUGACCGAGAGCGUAAUGGGUCGAAAGCAUAUUGCCGCCUGGUUGGGUGAAUCCACUAUAAAUAGCAUUCUUAAAAAUGGAAAUCAUCACAUGUAUGUUCAAUCUGUUUCUCUUCUCUUUUUGGUAGAACCAGCUCCUUUCGAAGGGCUUGCUGUUCAUGGAGGAGAAGGUUAAACUUUGUGAAGGCAAGUAUAGAGGGGCUGCUGCACUUCAGAAAAGGGCUCUGGGUUCCCUAAAAGCCCUGUGAGUUAUCUUUUCAGGCUUGGGUCACUUAGGUGGUUUUGUGGAAAAACCAACACCUGUGAGUCACAUGACUAAAUAUUAUAAGGUCCUGUUCUGUACAAGCAAGAAACUGAGCCCUGAUGAUAGCACAGAGUAGAAAUUGAAUUGAAGGACUUCCGGGGUGGCGCCACCAGCAAUGGCGGACUCCCUCUGAACUGGGGGACUAGCUCCGCGGAAAACGGGUCUUCUCCGCUACGGCGAAGCGGGGACCCUCUUAAAAAUCACAGGCGGAUGAAGCCUGUGACCAUGGGACUCGGCGGGCACCUUUAGCGCCCCCCCAACCCGCUAAGGAACCCACUAACGGGCUCCGAAGUGAAGAGGGGGAAGUGGUGCGGUGCUGUGAGUCAACUGCUAUUUCCGUGGAGUGAAGCCGCAUAGCCGUUGCCGGAGAGCGCUGCCUUUUUCCUGGGACAAUUUGGACUUUAAAAUAAGCACCCGUGAGUACUUAGACUUUGAACAAUUGGACAUCAAAUAAGGACUUGCGAGCAGGAAAGAAUUGGACUUUAAAAAUUUACUUUAAUUUAAUACGGAACGGGAAGGUAUAAACAGGAAGUCAGCCUUCCGUUCUUUUGUAAACAGAAUAAAGCAAAGACAAUUGAAACUAGAGCUCAGAAAAUCGUUUUUAAAAGAUUGGAUUUCACCAUUUAAAAUUGUAGAACCCCCCUUCGACAGCAGGAGAGGGGGGGAUCUUUUUGGACUGUUUAAAGUGACUUUAAAGUGAAGUAACUUUCCUCCGUCCUGAUCCUGGAGCGGGGUGUCAGGACUGACAUUUGAAGUUCAUUGACCAAAGACAAGUGUUGUUGACAGAUAGCUAAAAGAAGAGAAACCUAGUGAUUCCACUGUUCCCUUUCGCAUUUUAAAGGAAUAUAUACGGACAAAGUAUAUUAAAAAAGGAAACUUUGUUGCAAGAACAAAUAGAAGUCUUCCCCCUAGGGGGAGUCUGUGAAACUGUAACUGUGAAGCUGUAACUAACUCCAGGGAGCUGGCAGCAGUUACAGAUUACAACCGUGGGAACAGGCAUCUGACCUUGCAGGACAAUGUACUCAGAAGCCUUGUUGUGUGCUCUCUAUAAAACAAAUGCCCUCCUGGAACAAUUACAUGAGAAGGUGACUUGGAUGGCGACUUCGACUAGAAAUUUUGAACAGGCAGUGGGAAAUUUUGAACAGACAGUGGGAAAAUAUGUGGAGCCCACUCAGGAAUUAAAUCAGGAGAGUGUCUUGACAGAACAGGAGUUUUUGACAUUAAACCAGGAGUGUGUUUUGACAGAACAGGCCCAACAGGAAUGUGAUUUUUCGGAUUUGACAAAUGAACUUGGAAAAAGCCAGAUUUGGAAAGCAAAAGUUUGGCUUGGUUUGGAAAUGGGGGGCUGGAUUGACCCCCCUAUGCUGGGACGUUUGGACUUUUCAAAUAUGGCAACGGGCCGUGAGAUGUUUGGGACUGUGGGGGCUCUCAAUUUUGGAGGGUCUUUGAAACAUGCUUUUAAAUACUACAUGGAAUUUAGUGUUGAACAUGGAAAAGGGGCUGAUUUGUCGAGAAGGGCUAAAAACAUUGUCAAGCUGGAGUUACCACGAGCAGGAGACAAGGGAAAAUACAGUUACAAAUAUGAAGAAAAGCCGCGGAAGGGACAUGGAAGAGACUUGAGGGCCUCGGAUAUAAGGUUGCCAGGUUAAUGGGCUAGAUUGACGGGAAUAAGGACUGACAAAACCCGGAACCAGGAGGAAGGGACGCUGGAUGAAGAUUGGAUCUGUUUGUACCUCUUUUUUCUACCACUAGAACUGUUUUAUAAAAUUGCUGAAUGAUAGAAGAACGUUGGAAUGAAAUUACUUGGCUUUAGCAAAGAUGUUUAAAUAAUUAUGAAAGAAUAUUAUGGUUAUGAGAAGUUGGUAAGGAUAAGAUUUAAGUUUUAAGUUUUAAGGUUUAUUUUAUUAUAGAAAGAUAAGAUCAAAAUAGUUUAGGGUAAUGCAAUGACAGAAUUUUAUGAAACAUGGAAAGGAUUUGCUGGGAUAAUUAAUAACUAGGAUACAAAGAAAGGGAGGAGGAGGAGGUCUAAGAAAGAAGGCAAUGACAGUUAAGGAUUUGAAAAUAAUGAAUUUGUUUUUAAAUGUUUUUAAAGGUUUGUGAUUUUUGUAUUUUUCUUUUUUUCUGUCAUUUUUUCUUAUUUUUAAUUUUUUCUCAUGUGGGAAGGGGUUUGUUUUUUUUCCUUUUUCUACUUUGUCAACUAUUUUUAUUUUUUGUACUUUCUUCUGCUUCUAUUUUAUUUUUUUAUUUUUUGUAACAUUUUGAAAAUUUCAAUAAAUAUCCUUUAAAAAAAACAACAGUAGAAAUUGAAUUGGAGCACAGAGGAAGUAACUUUUCCUCUUCCUAAAAGAAAAAAAGCUAAUACAAAUAAUCACUUAUAAAGUGGGAAUUAUUACAUAUAGCACUUGUUCAUGGACCCACUUCUCUUUGUCCUUAUUGUCUUGCUCACAUCUAGAUUAGAUCACUCAAUGUGGUAUACAUGGGGCUGCCUCUGAAAGUGGCUUAGGAACUUUAGCUGCUACAGAAUUCAGCGGCCAGGACCUUUUCAACUGGGUGUGCUAUUGUUUUUGUUUGCUACUAUGUUGAGUAAUUUUCUGUUUUUAUAUGGUAAACCACCCUGUGAUCCUUGGAUGAAGGGCAGUACAGAAAUUCUAUAAAAUAGAUAAGUAGUGGUAAGGUGAAUCUUGUGAAUUCUGGAUUUCUAGCUGGCAGUACCGUGGCAAGAUAUUUCUCACAUCUUAGCAGAACAAUUAACAGAACGAUCCCUUGUGCUAGGCUGUCAGGGAGUAUUUGGGUUAAGCGGAGGCUUUCUGGCUGAGCUGACUUCCCUCUGUCACAGUAAAGCAAGCAUCUCUCCAUUGGCACCAGCCUCCUCCUUCCAUCCACUGAAUGUGCAGGCAGCUGAGCAAGCUGAGGAAGAGAUCCUUAAAAAGGGCAUCCUGAGGGUGGGGAGCAGAUGCCCAACAUCUGCUCAAAUGAUGUUAUUGGUGCCUGGUCAUUGGGCCAGUGAUCAUUCCAGAUCAUUCUGCUCCCUCUCCCUUUGCACUGUGACUACUGUGAUUUGCUGGACUGUGGAAGCGAUGGCGGUCCUGCUGCUCUGCAAAGGGCUGCUAGCAGGAGGCUGUGGAUUCUGGAUUUCUCUGUUCAUAUCCUAUGAUUCAGAUGGGCAGUGUGUGACUGUCAAAACCAGGAAGAUCUGGGAAGGCUUCCAGUCGUCAUGGGAUAUGGCUUUUUCACAGACAUGCAAUAAGCUCAGAAUUUUUUACUAGCCCACAAAAAUGUUUAUUAGCUUGCCUGUACACAUGUAUGUCACUCACUGAAGUCCCAAAAAGAGAAAAAUAAGAAACUAUUCCUUCUAGUUUUGGUUACCAGGAGGCAAUUGUGACUUGUCAUAGGUAAACAAGCGAGAUUCAAUUAUGGGCCUGCUUUAUCAUGUAUGGCUCUCUCAUCUAGUUUCUUAUCACUUGGAUCUGACUGUUCCCAAACCUGCAACGGUAAAGGAAGAAAGGAGCUCCUCAAAUAACCUUCUGCAGCUCUUAUGCUGAGAUUCCUUCUGUUGAUUUUUAUUUUUUUAGUGGACCGAACCUUCUCCUAGCAAGUAAUCAGCAGGCAGAUUGGGUGUGAUACAGCAGCUCCAGAGUUUGAUAUGCUGUUUGCUGCUAAAAUUCAGCUUGUAAACUUAAUUCCAGCUGGUGUAGUCCUGGAGAAUGUUGGCUUCCUCCAUGGGAAAAAUUUCACAACCUGAAGUUUAAUUUUGAAAGUAGUAAAAUUUUAUGUUGAAAAACAGUGGGCCAUAGGUUGCUCAGGCUGCAAUUCUAAGCGCACUUAUUGGGAAGCGAGCCUGAGCUAUAUUAGGUGGGAAUUUGGCUGUAACAUUGCAGUAUUCAGAUCUACAGUACUCAAUUUGAGGUCUGCAGUGUAAGUCACACAGUCCCUUUGGAAACCAUGUCCAUAUGUGGGUUAAGCCAGGACAUGCAUCUAUCUGCUUGUACUGCCCUCUGGCCUCUGAGAACAUCCAGGAGCUUAAAACUAAUAGUUCCAAAUUGGAAAGAAAAGCUCAUUUUGGCAGCUUCUGGGUGGUGAGUUUCUGAAUCACUCACAUUUAUGUGGAAUGCAAAUAGUGCCAGUUUGUGGCUGCUGAAACUUAUUUUUUGGCAGGGGAAAAUGAGCGAUGCUUAUUUUCCAUGGUUAUACCAAAGAUCACGUAGAUGCUCCUUUGCUUUGGCUUGGGCAUGUGAACUGAAAAAUGUUUGAAAACCUUAUAGAUGGACCACAGGUAUGAAGUUUACGGCAUGUAAUGCCUUAAGAGAGAAUAUUAUGAAAAUGAUAUACAGGUGGUACAUGACACCAGUCAAGCUUGCAAAAAUCUAUCACUUGCCCGAUAAUAAAUGUUGGAAAUGUAAAGAGACUGAAGGUACAUUCUUUCACCUUUGGUGGACUUGCCCAAGGAUUAAGGCUUUCUGGGAGAUGAUCUAUAAUGAAAUGAAAAAGGUAUAUAAAUAUACCUUCUUGAAGAAACCAGAGGCUUUUCUCCUGGGCGUGGUCGGUCAAUUGGUGGCAAAGAAGGACAGAAUUUUCUUUAUGUAUGCCACAACAGCAGCAAGAAUACUUAUUGCAAAGUAUUGGAAGACACAAGAAUUACCCACUCUGGAAUCUACCCACUCUGGAAGAAUGGCAGAUGAAGGUGAUGGACUACAUGGAACUGGCGGAAAUGACUGGCAGAAUCCGAGACCAGGGAGAAGAGUCGGUGGAAGAAGAUUGGAAGAAAUUUAAAGACUAUUUACAGAAAUAUUGCAAAAUUAAUGAAUGUUAGAAUGAUGUCAGAAUGAAAUUAAGUGGUCUUAGCAGCAAUGUUAUAAAGGUGUAUGUACAAAUGGAUUGUUAACAGAUGAGAAUCUAAAGUUAUAAUAUGUUAAGUUAAAGGAUUAAGACAAAAACAAAGAGGGAAAGGAAUUGCUGAAUUAACUAAUAGAACUGGAAUACAAAAAGGGAGGUGUGAGGAAGUUAGGGAAGUAAGGAAAUGAAAUGUAAGUUAUGGAAAGAUCGAUGUGUGUUUUUUUUUUUUAAGUGUUUUCUAUCUUUUUUCUGUAUUUUGCAUUUUGUAUUUUUUUCUUUUUAUUUCUUUUUCUUUUCUUUUUAUCUAUGUAAUUUUUUCUUUGAAACUUUAAUAAAUAUCAUUUAAACAAAAUAAUGAAAAAUGUUUGAAAACCUGGUGACCACAGGAGUUAUGACAUCGGUGGUGAAGAUGAGGGCUACUUGGUUAAUCAGAUGGUGGGGCAUUUGAUCUUGCUUGCACUGUGUGACAUGAAGAUGCUUUCCCUGCCCCUUUGAAAUACACUAUGCUGAUAGGAUAACAAUAGUAGGAAGGACACAUUUCUGCAGGGGAAUCUCCAUACAUAUGCAUCUGUGCUGUGCACCAACUUGGGUUGUGCCUGAAAGUAGUAUUUUUGUGCAAGCUGCUGCGCCAACAUCAGAAACUAGUUGGAGAUGCACAUUCAUGUUUACAUCCCACGGAAAACAAAAUCAGGUCCAGAUGGGUACCAGUAUCAACAUUCAGUAUCAACGUUCAAUGCAAAUUUGGAUUUACACCAAUGAUUUUGACCCUGAGUAGAUACAACCCACUAUAAUGGUGAUAUAGCUUACUAUAUUCCAUGGGUACUGAGUGGUUCUGCAGUUACAGAAUAUAGGACUGGGUAUGAUUUAGGGGAGCACCCGAAUAUUCAUGCCCUGAAAUCAACAACAAGGAGGUCAGUUCCUCAAAUUAAACAUUUGCCCCCUCUUUCCCAUAAAGUGUUCAUGGUUUUAGUUGAAGGCUAACUAGAUUUUGCAUGACUUUGAGCAUUAGGGUCCCGCUUCUAAAGAAAUUUGCAAGGUUUUUCUUUCUUUCUUUGCUUUUUACAAAAAGGAUAAACCUUGCUUUAAAAGCUUCAUAUCACCUUUGCCAAAGGCAGUGUGGUACACUGGUUAUUUUUGGACCGAGGCUAGCAUUUUCCCCCAUUUUGCGUGUGAAGACCCCCAGAACCACCCCCAAAAUAAAGACACAAUAGACAUAAAAUUUAGUUUAAGGUUUUUGGCAUUAAUUUUGGCCAUAACUUUAUUGAUUAAAGCAUGUGAGUGGUUGCUUAGGCAUUGGUUCCAGACUACCUGAACCUGCACAGUGGCAGGAACAGGACCGACACUGGGCACCACCAUAUGUCAGUAAGGGAAAGCAUCCUGGGGGAGCGAGAAGCUGGCUUAGAUCUCACAGCUCACCCUAGAUGCUCCCAGGGGCUCUGGCAUGGCCCUGGCCCCUUGACAGGGUUCGGACAAAAGCAAGGUGAUCCCCUGGAUUCCUGCAACAGAAUUCUCUAGCAGCAGCAAUGGAGGGGCAGGCACAGCCAACCACUUCCCCUCCACAAAACAUUGAACCAAUGCCUAACCACCAACCUUACAAAGUUGUGACGAUUUGCUACACAGUCGGCAAAAAGCAAAUGGCAACAGCCAAUCAGCCUGUAGCAAAAUUCCUACUGGGUCCCUGCUUCAAAACAGAUGAGCCCUAGACAGGCAUAGCAAGCCCAAAGAACAGCCCUAAAUAUAGGGAGGUUGGGAGGGUGGGAGGGUGAUCUGAUGCACAUUGUAGGAAAGAGAAAGCUCCCAGCAACGUGCAGCAGCUUAAAUAGCCCCCUAGUAGCCAAUAGAUGACACAACAAACCAAAUUUCUACCCCAGCAUCCAAGGGGCAUUCAAUGGGGUGUUGUGGCUAUCCAAACGGUCCCGCCCCACAACAGGGAGACAGUUUAGGUGAUCUCACCACAACACGUGCCCUCCAUGAUGGAGGACAUGAUAUCUUGGAAGAGGUGGAAACAUAAACUGAGCUACAGCUGCCAAGACUUGUCUGCCUUUACAGAGAAUUAGGCAAUACAGUGGUACCUCGGGUUACAUACGCUUCAGAUUAAAUACGCUUCAGGUUACAGACUCCGCUAACCCAGAAAUAGUACCUUGGGUUAAUAACUUUACCUCAGAAUGAGAACAGAAAUUGUGUGGUGGUGGCAUGGCAGCAGCAGGAGGCCCCAUUAGCUAAAGUGGUGCUUCAGGUUAAGAACAGUUUCAGGUUAAGAACGGACCUCCGGAACGAAUUAAGUACGUAACCAGAGGUACCACUGUAGUUGGAUGGCUUACUUUGGGUAGAGUAUAGCUGAAUAUCAGAGACCAAGUUCUAAAACAAAGUUCUUUUUCUCCACCCCACCCUCUGUUUGCUUAGAAGAGAAUCGCAUUGACAUACUAUCUGAACUCUGGGAUCACUUCUUCACAGAGACUCUUCCCACACUCCAGGCUAUAUUUUACCCUGUUCAGGUAAGUCUAGUUAAAAUAUAAGCUUGGCAGGGAGGAGAAUACAGUUCAGACUUACCACAAACUACCUCUCUGAAAGCUGUUGAGACACCCAACACUUAAACUGUAAAGAAAUAGAUUUCAGGUAUAAACCACAGAUUUCUUCAGAUGUACUGCCGAACUUAAAGAUAUAUAGAGGAGGUCUUAGUAUUCUAAUAGGAUACAAAUUCUGUGUGACUUCAAAUGUACCUUAAAACAGACUUCCUCAACCCAUGUUUUGAAUUGGUUUCCACCAGUUCUAGUCAGUUCAGCUGUGUGUUGCUGAGUAUUUUGACCACACUUACAUGGGCAUACUUGCUAAAACACAGGCAGAAGAAACUUCCAAAAAACAAAGGAGGGCAGAUGAGUUGUGAAGAUCCUUUGACAUCUUUAUAAACCUUGAUAUGCUAAUGGAGUGGAACUGUCAUGUGGGGCAAAUGGUCCAUUGACAUCUAAACACCCAAGAGGUCAAAAAAGAAUGAACCUCUCUGGAGCUUCCUUAAAGGACAAGAUUUCUGCACUUUGUAAAUUUCCUUUCUGGCUUCCCUUUCAAUCCCUUUAUAGCAGAUGCGAACAAAGUAGAUUUGAAUCUACUGGUAGAUCUCUCGGUGAGUUUCAUUCUAUUCACAAGUGUUUCUGACUCCCAAUUGGUAAACAGAUAGAAAGGCCUCUCACCUUCCCCCAUAAAAAACCAGAUUGCUGAAAAGGAAAAGAGGGUGUGUGUGUAUAACCAGGAAUGGAUUUUUGUGGGAAAGUUCUGGUACUGAAAACAAAUUCUGAGGGUGAGCAUGUACUUAGACAUGCUCUCUUCUUGAAUUUUGAGGGUACCCCCCGGUCACACUUUUCCACCUGGCUCCUGUUGGUGGAUCAAGUGGCUCCAUUACAAAAACAAAGUAGACCCCCCCCAAUUUAUAGUAUACAUUGUAUAUCAUUUCCUGUCAUUGUAGUUCAUAUCAAGACAUUGCAAAUUGCACACACAAAAUAUAUUUUGUAAGAAGGGUAGCUGUGGAGAGAAGGGAGUGCCCAUUUCCAAGGCUGGCUCUUCAUUUUCUAACCAUGGGUUGAUUUGCGAAAAUGCACAUCCAGACAGUUAAAAGGGUGUGCAUUUUGCAACAGUUAGCAGUUCAAUUUUUCUGCUGUUUGUGGGCUGGAUUCCCUCCCCCUUGAGCAGGGGAACAACAAAAUUUUUGUUGGCCUCUUACUCAGUUGGCUUCAGCAAAGGACCAACCAUUCUAUGUAUUGUUUGCUUGACAGACCCUAACAAUCCUAACUACUGAGUAACUUUUAAAUGGGUAUUUUAAAAUAGCUACUUUGAGAUAAGAGGGCAGAGAAUACCCAGUCAUUCCCUGCUAUAUUCAUUAUUCUUGAACUUGAGGGACCUAAAAGAUAAUAUCCACACACACACACCCUAUGGUACCCCCAAGGAGUUGAGUCACCUAAAUGAGAGACAGCUACCUUGUGAACCAAAGAAGAAAUCUUGUCUGGGCAUGAGAAGCUUCUGGCAGCAUAAAUUUCCCACAGAAUGAAAUUCUUAUGAAGGUCACAUGCUUCUAUGUCUGCCCUUGGCAAUCUGGUAUUGGAUGGCUUAUCCCCCCCCCCCACUUCCAGCUCCAAAAUAUCUACUAGAGGCAUGAUACAAGCCUCCUACUCAGCCCCCAACCAGGCAAUUUCCAAAAGGUCUAGAAGACUGGAAAUACUUGCUUUUUGCUAUGUAAAUACUAACUUCUCAUGAUGUCUGUAUUAAUUCUCUCUCUUCCUCCUUUCCUAUCCCUCUUUAUUUCCCAUACUUGCAGCAGAUGAUAGACGGUAUGUGUGAGAAUGCCCGUUUUAGAAGGCUAUGGUCUCUCUCUUGGUGCUUUUAAAGUGAUUUAUGUCCCAAUCCUUAAUAUAUUAAAUGGAAAUAAGACUUUUUUUUAAAAAAAGUGAAAUGUCUUUCCUUGUAGUGUAUUCAGAACUGGAGUGUAAAUCAGGUGAGAAGUCAAUUUCACCCAGUGGUAUACUGCUUUUAAGGUAGACGUCACAAUGUGGUUUUAAACAAUAAGCAUCAAUUUAAAAAUUAUACGACAGUUUUUUUCAAAGUUGGAUCCCCAAAUGUCAUAGAAUCAUAGUAUCAGAGAACUGUAGAUUUGGAAGGGACCCCAAGGGUCAUUUACUCCAACCCCCUGUAAUGCAGGAAUCUCAACUAAAGCAUCCUUGACAGAUGGCCAUCCAACCUCUGCUUAAAAACCUCCAAGAAGGGGAAGUCCAUCACCGUCCAAGGGAGUCUGUUCCACUGUUGAACAGCUCUUAUUGUCAGAAAGUUCUUCCUGAUGUUUAGUUGGAAUCCCCUUUCUUGUAAUGUGAAGCCAUUGGUUCAAGUUUUCUCUCCAGAGCAGGAGGACGUAAGCUUGCUCCAUCUUCCAUGGGAUGGCCCUUUAGAUAUUUGAAGGUGGCUAUUACAUCUCCUCUCCAUCUUCUCUUUACCAGGCUAAACAUAUCCAACUCCCUCAACCAUUCCUCAUAAGGCUUGGUUUCCAGACCCUUGAUCAACUCCCACCAUCCCUCAACAUUGGCUACGCUGGCUGGUGAUGCUGGCAGUUGUAGUCCACCACCAUCUGGGGACCCCAAGGCUGAAGAACACUGUUCUACAAUAAAAAUGUUUUAUUACGGAGUCUGCCAAGCCAAAGUUUUUGAAAGUUUGAGAGCUGAAUGGUGGCACCUAACCAGGCAGUUCUUACUUCCUAUUCAUGGCAAUAUGGUUCUUCAGAAACCUCAGUGUUGGGAUGGAGGUACCACCUUAGGUGGGAGCUAGAUACUAUCAGCCCCCUUGAAACAUCCCUCCAGUCUGAAGAGGAUUCAUUUAUGAGAACACAUCUGAAAAUAGUUUUCCAACCAGCUCUGAAUCCACCUGAAAAUAUUACCACUUAGGUAAAGGGACACGGGUGGCACUGUGGUCUAAAACCACUGAGCCUCUUGGGCUUGCCAGUCAGAAGGUCGGCAGUUUGAAUCCCUUGACGGUGUGAGCUCCCAUUGCUCUGUCCCAGCUCCUGCCAACCUAGCAGUUUGAAAGCAUGCCAGUACAAGUAGAUAAAUAGGUACGGCUGUGGCGGGAAGGUAAAUGGUGUUUCCGUGCUCUCUGGCUUCCAUCACGGUGUUCUGUUGUGCCAGAAGCAGUUUAGUCAUGCUGGCCACAUGACCCAGAAAGCUGUCUUGGCCUGAAAGCAAGAUGAGUGCUGCAACCCCAGAGUCGCCUUUGAGUGGGCAUAACUGUCCAGGGGUCCUUUACCUUUUUUACCUUUUUAUUACCACUUAGUAAUACCAUUUACCUAUUUAGUUAUGGGGCAACUUGUCAAGUACUUGACUUACCGGUAUAUAAAGUUUAAAUAUGUGAAAGCUUCAUAGUGACUUUUCUCAAGUUAUGUCAUACCACUUCCCCCCUCUCUCAUCUUUCCUUCAUAAAGGAAUGAUAGUGUAGAAUCCUGUAAAACCUUUGCACCAACACUUUGCUGUAAAUGAGAUCUUUCAUCAGGAUCUCCUUUCCCACAAAUCAUUCAAUAAAGGUUUUGAUUUCCUUAAAACAACAUGGCCAGCCAAACAUUAAAUUUGGUUCAAGAUUCGAAUAUUUAUGUAAUCUAUAAAAUAGAAUUCAUUAUUAAUUUUAAACUUUGUUUCUGUAAAUUCAUGUAAAGUCCAGAGUUAAGCUUUUUGAACUCUGUACUUUUUGGGGGAGUGGAAGGAAUACAAUUGAAGUCUCUGGACUUUCCCCCCAUUAUUGUGUAUGUGUGUUAAAGGCCAUUCUGAGUUAUAUGUGCUUUUAAAGCAAACAUAGUUCAUGGCAGAACUUGAAAGCUUUCCAAAGCCUCUUCACAAGUCUAACUUCACAAUGUUUACUUGGAAAUAAUUGUUUUGCCAAGUUGGUUCCUGAAAAUGGACUAGAGAGAAUGCCAAGUGUUUGUAACACUGAAUGAUAUGAGGAAAUAGACUCUAUGAGGGAAAGAGGCUCUAGGGAGAUGCUUAAUUCUUUUCCAAACACUGAUCCUUCCUAGAAAGUUCCCCUUUGUUCAGAUACAUUAUCUCCCACGCCCCACUUCCAGCUAGACUUCCAACACAGAAGCAGUAGAAAUGGUCUUGGACAAUUGGUGCAUUGCAGGUAAUAACUGAUGUGUGUGCAUGUUUGUGCGAACCACUUAUGACUUCCCCAUUCUGUUCUGCAAAUGGUCACAUAUCCCUGCAUUCCUGUUAUCUCAGCAAUGGAUUGAAGACACCCAUUUGCAGAGGUAACACUUAAACUUCCAUCCUUGGUAAGCCCUGUCAUUGAUUUAAUAUGCGAAUAAGUACAUUUUCACAGCAGGUUAAAUUUGCAAGAUAAACUAUGUGCUUGAUUUAGCUUGUUUACACUUACAAAGCUAAUGCUGCGACCCUGCAGAAUCUCAUACUUUCUACAGCUUUAUCUUGUGUGCCCAUAAAUACCUGCUCUGAUACCCAAAGGGGGCAAAGCAUUUCUUUGGAGCCAUUGGCUUUUGUUCCUAUUUUGCAUUUUGAUGAAGAUGUUAGCUGCAUCAUUAACCACGUUAUGAAUUGAUGAUUAACAAACGUGGAUUCCCUCCAGCCAGAGAUUUGCUUCAGUGGUUGCAGAGCGGUUACCUAUAUAACUAUUCCCAUGGAGAAUAUAGGGCACAGUUUAACUGGGUUGUGGCAUGUGGGGGUGGGGGAAGAUAGAUUCAUCGCUGCAAUGAAGCAUUGGGAGUUGCUUUGAAUCUCCUUAUUUUCUAUUUUAUUGUUUUUAUACUGUUUUAUUGCACUGCUAAACAUUGUUUUAAUGUUAUUGUUUGUUUUUAUACUGCACAAAAUUUAGAUAUUUAAAAAUAUUCAGCAGUUCAUAAAUGCCAUUAAACAAACAAACACUAGGAAAGCUACCACUUGUAGAAUAAUUUACCUGCUUGUGUAGGAAGUCUUCCUUUCCCCAGAUUCUUUAACCAGCCACUGUAAAUACCUCUCCAUCCACAUGCCUGUAGUGGCUAGGUUUAUAACUUCAUGUGACCAGUCAUAUGCUGCAUUAUGUUCUUUGUCCCCCUUCAUUCCCCAGUUCUUACAUAAAAGCAUAAAAUUAACCCCUGGCAUUAUUUACAGCUGCUCUGAAAUUGGUGGCGGAUGGAGUUAAAUGUACCCCAGCGCCAACAGCUACUAAUUCCCCCACUGUUUUCUGAAUGUGUGUACAGGGCCAAGAAUUGACUAUUCGCCAGAUUGCGUUGCUCGGCUUCCGAGAUUUGGUCUUACUAAGAGUGAAUUUGGAUGAGAUUCUUCCUCGGGUCCAAACCAAGCUUCCACCUUCCAUUGUCCAGAUGCUGCUGAUUUUACAGGUGGGGAGCAAUGCGUUUCUUCUUAUCAUAUGUGCCUUGUUUAAUGACUAGUGAGUAGGUGGCCUGGAGAGGUUUCUGUAUACUAUGAAGAAAGAAGAGAACCUGUGCAGAGCAGAAAAGUGCAAUUGAGCAUUUGCUAUGAAUGACAUAGACUAAGGCUGCUGUCCUAAUCCCACUUACCUGAGAGUAAACCCCAUUCAAUUAAAUAGGACCUACCUUUAAGCAGACACAAAUAAGAUUGUGCUGUAAGUUACUAGCUACAAAACCGUUUAGUAAAGGGAUACCAAUAAGCAGAUUUUGUCUUUCAUCUGAACCAACUAAGACUAUACCCUCUGUUUUAUCAACUAUCUUCCUCCUCAUUUCCCUGUCUCACGGGGGGGGGGGGGGAGAGAAAAUCAAUCUCUGGUACUUUUUAUGCAUCUGAUGAUGAAGGAUUUUACCCUCAAACCCUUACAGUUGUUUUCAUUAAGUACCAUAGGAUUUUUGUUUGUUUGUUUGUUGCAUUUUCUCACUUACUUUACUCUGGAUAGCUUAAUCAUGUUCCCUGUUCUAACUUCAUAGGAGGAUUGUUCAACAUUUAUUCACUCUCUUAUUUCCCAGGCUUACACCAUCCAUUUUGUUGCCUCUGUAGCAAGCACUUAAAUUCAUUUUGGUGCAGCUGCUUGAAAAGCUUGCACCACUCUACUUGUUCAGCCUUAGAGGGCUUUUAUUUAUUUAUUUUAGCAGAACAGGUUUUCCCUUGGGGCAAGUCCUAUUCAACCCCAUUGACCCACUGGAUCUUAUCCAUCUUCUAGGGUGUUCUGUUAAGUUACAUUUGCAUACCAGGUUCGGUUGACCUGGGCAUUCUCAGCAGUGGGUCCUUUUUACCUCUGAUAGCUUACCAUAGCCUGAAUCUGCAGAGUUAUAGAAAGAGGUGUACAUCUGCAAAGCAUUAAGUAUUUUUGAACUGCUCCGAAUGGUUGUCUUAAGUUUUUCAAAUUCUUAACAGUACUGCAUUGUAACAUAUAUCAGGUGGCCAGACAUCACCAACAGUGAACUGAGCGCUAACAGUAUGGGAGCCAAAAUGGGGUCACUGAGAAACAAGUGGGGUGUGACUGCAAUGUUGGAGGAACCCUGAGGUUUGCAGAAGUACAAAUAUUUCUAACCCCAGCCCUCCUUCAAAAAGAUACCCAAGCCCAAUGAUGACUGAGCAUAUUCAGGAGCUGCAGAAAGCUGACUGUCCAUUGGAAUACAGAAACAGAAAACCAGGCUAUGAGGGGAAUCGAAUGGCUUCUUUGAGCCAUUUAUGGAAACUUUAUAGUAUCCCGAAGAGGGUUGGCUGGAAUGCUGAAAGCAACCUGCAUUUUGUUGCAAGCUCCAUGCAGGAUAAAUAAUUAUGUAACAGGCUCUUUUUUCUUCAUUUCCACAACUUUUUCCUGUGUGCACAAUUAUAUUUCUUCUGAAAGUAUUGUGAAAGAAAUAUAUAUGUUCAUAUGCAUAUCUGUUGGAUGCUUUUUUGUCACAGGGAGUACAUGAACCUACAGGUCCCAGUAAGGCCUUCAUGCAGUUGGAGGAGCUUGUUAAACUCGUGGUCUCCCCAUACCUCGGUUUGUGCGAAGAACACUGCUUCCCUGGUAGUACGUGUGCUCUGGGUAAGAUGCAUUGUAUUGCAACGCCAUUCGAGUUUCUUUCCCCCCAAGAUCCCUUCUUAAACCAAUGUAACUUGCAUCUGUGUUGGUCAAUAGUUUGCUUGAGGGCUGUGCAAAAAGAAUAUUGGUACCCAAAAUGUGUGUUCUCGUGUUAGUACUGCCUCUGCAUUGUUGCAGAACAUGUUUGACCAGAGACAACACAGUGUGACAAAAGAACUGUACAUCAAGAGUGUUGCCUCUCACAUACCACUUGCAACUCUCUUUAAGAAAACAACAACUAUUGUCUGUCAGCAGCCAGCAUGGUCUAAUUAAUAUGCAGCUUUGUGCAAGACAGAGAUGGGAGAAUAAAAGCUUAAAUCAUCCCUGAGUAGAUACCAAUCAACGAAGCCUUAAACAUAAUUAGUUUGUAUGGAAACAGCCUUCAUUUUUUUCCUUCUUGAGUCUUACCAAGUGAUAAUGAGAGUUCAGUAUUCACAACCUGGUUCUGCAGGUGCUUAAAAUCUGAUUUUUUUUAAAUGGUAGCUGAAAAGCAUCUUGCCACAUAUUAUAGGUUUCUAGUUUAGUUUCUUUCCCUUCCUUUAUCCUGCAAGGGAACUUGCCAAACACCCAUUGUAGUAGUUCUUUCCGGAUCCACAAGCCCCUUGUUUCCACAGCAUCAUCAGACACCUGUUGCCAAUGUUCUGCUUGAUCACAGGGUUGUUAGUUUGACAAUGUCAACUCUAUUGGAAUUGUGUUUUUCAAUCACAACUACUUUGUGCUGCUCUUCCCAGUGCCCAGGGCUAUGUUGUAGGCAAGGAAAUGGCAAUAAAGUCAGAUUAGCACUCCCCUUAGUACAAUACUGUCUAAUACCACCGCUAGCCAGUGUGUCCCCUCCCAAUAGUUUCCAUCAUCCCUGACCAUUGGCCAUGCUGGCUGGGGCUGAGUUGCAGUCCAUAACAUCAGGAGGGCUCCCCCAAUCUCUAUGAUUUCUGGCUUUCCCAGCUCUGGCCAUCACUGGACAAGGAAUGUUUGAAACUGGCAUCUUGUCAAAAAACACGUGUUCCCUUUGUGUUGUGAUUCCUGUAGCUGUGGGGCCACAUCCUCGUCUUUGGAUGUAAUCUAGUGUGUGUUGUGUAGUUCAGUGGACAUGACCCUUUGCCUCUCAACUCCUCCAGUUCUAAUCUGUAUUUCCCCUUCCUUCUGACAAUCAUCUUUGUUUCCUCACCUGUCUUUUCAGCCUUACAUUUAAACCAGGGGUUGGGAACUUGCAACUCUCCAUAUCUGGGUAGUCCUUCAGAUCCUGUCAUCCCUGGCCAUUGACCAUUCUGACUGGGACUGAUGGGAGCUGUAGUCCAGCAACAUCUUGGAAAGCCACAGGUUUCCUAUCUCUGUUGCAAAUCAGGAUUACUAUGUAAAAGAAUCAUAGAUUCGGAGAGUUCUUAGGCAACUUAGGCACACUGUAUAUAAAUAGCUGGCAUUUUAUUUGUUUAAAUAUAUGCUGCCCUUUUAAAAGUCAAAACCCUCUAAAGGUGGCUUCUAUAUAUGCAUAAUGCAAUGCAGUUGCCUAUCCAAAAAUAGCCACCGACUUCUAUUGGUAGUGGUGGGCAUGUAGUCCGGGCCUCUGUUGGUCUCAAAGUGUGAGCAGCUUGGAAUGGGUGAUUGUAUAUAACCCACAUGGCAAAGCUUCUUUGACAUCCUAUGCAUGCUGAGAACAAGAGCUUGUAGAUCGGACCAAAUGCCUAUCUAGUUGAACAUCUUGGCCAACCUGAUGACACCAGGAAGCCCACAAGGGCAACAUAAACAGAACAGCACUCUCCUGCUGUUGUUUCCCAGCAACCUGGCAUAUAGAGGCAUGCUGCAUCUGAUCCUGAAGGUAAUGAUAUAGUCCAUCAUGACCAGCAGACAUUGGUAGCCUUAUUUUCUAUGAAUUCAUCUAAUCACUGUUUAAAGUUGUCCACUCUUGGGGUUCUCCUUCAUGGAUCACUGCCUUGUCAUGGCGAAGGGGCUUGAAUAACUCAGAGAAGCUAUGAGUUAUGCCAUGCAGGGCUGUCUGGAGAGGUCAUAGUGGAGAGUUUUGACUAAACUUUCUUGGGUUCCAUGAUCACUGCAGAUGGUGACAGCAGUCACAAAAUUAAAAGACGCCUGCUUCUUGGGAGAAAAGCAAUGACAAACAUAGACAGCAUCUUAAAAAGACUGCUGGAUCAGGCACCUGUUUUCAUAGUGGCUGACCAGAGGCCUGUGGGAAUCUGUAAACCGGACUUGAGUUGUCUCCCUUCCUGCGUCAUCAUCUUCCUUAGAUUAGGGAGACCAGCAGCCUCUUCUCCACACCAUGUACAUUUUUGUUUAUCUCUAUUCUGUCUUUUCAUUACUAACAUUUCUCCCAUAAACCCAAUACCCCCAAAGAUUGCAACUUUUUCUCAUAGGGGAGUUGUUUUGAGCACAGUAUCACUUCUGCACUCUCAAAAGUGAGUCCAGCUUUCCUCAAUAAAGCUUACUCUCUAGUAAGUUUGUUUAGGGCCAGUGCUUUUUUACGCACACUCCUAAACAUUUUGUGAAUCUAAGUUUGGCCUCAUUGAGGGGCAGUAUUUCAAUAUGAGUGGGAAAAUGAGAGUACCCCUAAACAUCAUCAUCAUCAUUAUUAUUGGAAAAAAGCACUGUUUAGGGCUAUUCCCAAUUUUAAAUGGGGCAUUACAGGGCCAAGAAGAGGAAAUGCAUGUAUGUUCUGUCAGUUCUUUCAGACUGAGAGAUUCUAUACAGCAGCACUUAUGGAGAAGAGGAGAAGGAAAUAAGUUGGAAUGGGAAAGUGAUUGAUAAGCAGCAUAGAAACUUUUUUGAACAUAGCAUUCCCCUGAGUAUUCAGUCAUUGGUCUAAUGCACCCAACUUUUGUAUAGGACUCAUGAGUGUGAUUCCUAUGUUGAUUCCUAUUAGUUCAAAUUAGAGCUAUGUUGCAUCCUCCUUUGCCCAUGCCAGCUGAUAUUCCUUCCUUGAGCCACCCUCUCCCACUUCUGGGUUUUGCCAAAAUCGGUUAGGGUGGAAGUUCCACUCUGGAUAUAGCUGCAUGGUCCAGUCUUUUAUCUGAAAGGAAAGCCCACUUAGUUUAAAGCCAACAUGGUGUUCUCCAGAACUUGCUGAACUAUAAUUCCCAUCAUUCUUUAUCAUUGAACAUACUGUCUGGGAAUUGAUGAAAGCUAUAGUCCAACAAUAUCAGGAAGGCAUCACGUUCGCUGUCUUUGGUUUAAAUUGACUUACUUCUGAAUAAACAGUCUUUGAUUCAUCAUUGUUACCAUUUGGUUCUUCCUUAAUAAAUAUUUGUUAAGAACAACAGGCCUGAGAGACAUGGGCUGAUCUCUCUAGAGCAGAGCUUUCCAAACUGUGUCAUGACACUUUGGUGUGUCGGCUGCAAUGUCUUGGUGUGUCGCGCAAAUGCUCUUAUAAAGGGCUAGUUUAAUCUCUGGUUUGCUAGCAAAACUGAACUACUGUGUCACAAAAUGAUUGUGUCUAAUAGGUGUGUAACCAACAUGAAAAGUUCAGAAAGCUAUGCUCUAGAGUGUCUGUUUGUAGGACAUGCACACCUUAUGGAGUUUGCUGCCUGACUCUAUAAAAAAGAAAGAGGGCGGUAAGAUCAUAUCUGAUUACAGCUGCUUAGGUUUUACACAACAAAUACAUGCCUUGAGGAAACGAGAUGUACUUCUCCCAGUGCAAACAUAAUCACAGCACAGUUUGCUAUUCACAAGUAAUAAAAUCAUGACCCUUCUCCAGAAGGAAAAUGAUACAAAGUGCAUGCAGACUUGCACGGUGCUGAAAUUGUUUUGCCUGAAAGUUAGCCACGUGACUCUUGGGAAACUUCUCUGCUAUUUUCUUGUCUGCCAAUAAAACAAGGGAUUGGUGUCAUAAAGCAGUUUUAUGAACUCAGUGGCCUUGAAAGGACUGUAGAUUCAAACCCAUCACAUUUGCUUUUUGUUUAGAAGUUACGUGUGUGCUAUUCACUGUGCAUGUAGGUAAAUAUGCAAAGCACCUGUUUCCCAUGUCAGGUUUGUGGGAUUGGGAUCAUGUUUCAACCAGGAUUGAGGAAUACUAUAAUAAAUGGAUAUAAGACUUACUAAUUUUUAUUUUAAUGGGCUGUAAAACAAACACUAUUGGACACUGUAUUUAUUUGUAAGAAUAUUCAUAAACCACCAACUCAUAUAAACAUCAUGGUGGUGUACAAUAAAACUUUUAAAACAUCUUAAAAUUUUAACAUAUAAAAUGCAGAGCAACUGACUAACAUGGAAUCAAAUUAAUUCAACAACACUUGGUGAAAUGAACAAUUUCAGCAGGCAAUGGCAUUUCAGAAUCAUAAGCACCUGUCAGAUUUCAACAGGAACAACGUUUCAAAUCCAUGAUGCUAAAAGCCUUCGUUCACUUAGAAACUAAUCAAACAUUAGAUCACAGUGAAUGCAUUAUACUUCCUCCCCCCCACAACUAUCAAUCUGUACGUUGCUUUGAGACACUUUUUGCAAAAAAAGGUGACUAAAAAUUAAUAAUAAUAAUAAUAAGGCUAAAUGAGCCAGCAUGAGUUUUGUACUUUUCUAUUGCAAUUAAAGUAUGUGGGUGGAAAAGAUCUGAUGGGUUGAGGACUGCUUUCCUUAUGUUGCCAUGCUGCAAUAAAAGGGACCGCAAGAGCUUAAUCUAGAGACAAAGUGACAACAGAGCUAGACAAAGGCCUCAACUCCCCAACUCCCAAUUUCACUGGCAUUUUAAGAGACUAAUUAGACACUUAAAUGAUUUCCGCUGACCAGCAUCUUCCUUCCUCCCCCAUCUCCCUGGUAACAGUUUCCUCAAAGCAAUGUGCGAUGUGACUUCAUUGUUUCCAGUAUUUCCUUAACUCCCUGCAAGCAGCCAACAAUUGAGUAUGAGGAUGACACCUCCCCAUGUUUCUUUUCCCAGGGGAUGCUGGAGGGACUCCUGAGAGACAUCAUUAGACCCUCAAAGCCAUUGACUUCAGCAUCCCAGACAGCAGAGUUAAGCAAUAUCUCCACCUAUUGGCAGUUAUGAAGGGGGGGGGAAUUCCACUCCACUUUUUCCUGAGUGCAGAAUAACUCAUUGCAUUUUGAAUGAAAGGCUCAGAAAACUGGUGGUGUUGUAUAAAUUUUUGAACACCUCAAUCCCCGACGCUCAGGCUGUUCUGACUGAGACAGCGGCUGUCAAAUAAACUGCAUUUGCACGAGCCUAAAUGCUUGGAGGAACAAAGGAAACUGGUGCUGAAGACCAAGGUUUUUUCACUGAAUUUUCGCCAACCCCUCUUAAAGGGUCACGUUGCGGAAAUCUUGGGUAGUGUUCUAUGUCUGGACUCUGGAAAUCUCUUCUUGUUCCUCUUUGGUUGAGCAUAUUCAGAGCUGACUUUUUGUUAAGCUUUUGGCAAGAGAGGAUGGUAUUCAACUAAGUCCUAUCCAGAGGAGACUCAGGGAAAUUUAUGAACCCAUGUUAGCCAGGCCCAUUAACUUAAGUGGGUCGACUCUGAGUAGGGGUAGCAUUUCUUAGUCUGUUCCCCAGCUCCAACACCAAGUUCAUUUUGCUCCCCACCCCCUUUCCUUUCCCCACAUGAUUGCUGGCUUCCAACUUUUAUGAUGAGUGGAUAUUUUCUUAAUUCCCCUUUCCUUCCACUCAAAAGCUUUUCUGUCUCCCAUUCCCUUUUAUGGUUUUUCAACUGUUUUAUGACUGAGUUAUUCAUGAUCUCUUCUUUGCACAAAGCAUUUUCAUUUUCUCACUUUUACAGCCUCUUUUUGCUUUUUUAUCUUGGUUAUAUAAUGUUUGAUGCUUCCACCGCUCUUCCUGUGAUCUUGCCUGGAUUCGUGGGCUUGUGUGUGAGAUGAUUACUUCAGUGAGAAGUGAUUUGUGGAAAUGAGGUGGCAGCUGAAAAUGGAAACAAAAAAGCUGAAUCAGCUUCAUCCCCUCAUAUUGUUUUCCACCUCUGCUUCAUUCUUCUAGUUUGCAGGCCUUUUGCUUGCAGCACCAUAUUACUAACCUCGGCUGUAACUUAAUUCUCUCAGAAACUCAUUUGAAUCUUAGCCUACUGUGUAGAAGCAUCACAGCAUUGUACUACAUACUGGUUGUCUGUUGUCUGUUUCUCAUAGUGUCUGAUGUGGACGUGUAGUUUCCUUCAUACUUGUAUCUAAGUGGCCUAAGAAGAAACCUGUGGCCCUCCAAAUGUUGUUGGCCAUGGGAGUUGGAUUUCCAACAUCAUCUGAGGGACCAGGGGUCCCUCAGCCUGGCAUUAGGCAAAGUAAGGCAACCACCUCAAGAGGCAGAUGGCUAGGGUGCAGCAACAGUUCCUGCCUGUUCCUUCUGAGUUCCUCAUCUAAGAGGGGUCUGUCCCGUCCCCCCUCUCAAAUCUGACCUACUGCCUGAGGUACAGGGAAGAAUGCUAUUCCACCAUUGGUGUUGGAAGGAAGGUGCAGCUGGCAUUCCAGUUGGUUUCUGGUUGUGAAAGCUUUGUGAAGACACCAUCUUACCAUUUGCCUCAGGCUGCAAAAUAUCCUGAGCCGGCCCUGGGAACUGGAUGUUCCUCAGGUGACAUUAGUCCUAUGCAACAGCAUAAGCAACUAACUCAGAUAAAGUGAGUGUAAUAAUUCUGGCACUAGCCAAACAGGAAGUUACUGGUCUUAGCAUGAUUCCAUGCUAAUUCUCCCAUCUGCCAAAACUGUGGUUCCAAGUUUCACCCUGCUUUUUAUUUUUAGUCGCAUCCCUUAUCUGCUUAGCUGAACCUGUUGAUCUCUCUCUCCUUGUUGCUUUAGUCAGCCUGCAGCAAUCUGCUGAGUUGUCUGGCCGUAGCAGAAGAAGAUUAUGGGUGGCUUGUCGUAGUAGUACAGGGCUGUGGAACAAAGCCUGCAGUGUUUUGCUUUUUGCUUGCUCAGUUGCUUCCAUUUCGCCAUUAUUGGAUUUUGGAAUGCAUCACCUUCAAGAUACACUUUCAGCUGCUUUUUAUCGCUGUUGCUCUAAGUUGGAAGGGACUGUUGGAGGCAAUGAGUUGAGACCGCCAAAAAAUGAGAUACAGGAGGAAACCAUUGCAAAAUCUAAUUUUGAAAAGUGGAAUCAUAUGCUGGCUAGCAGAAAGCAUCUAUUCGGAUGCCUCGUCUUCUCAUCUGAUUUGAAAAGAACGAAUCCAGAAAUUUAAAUGAGCUUUGGCCUAGAAAACUUGAACAGCAUGGAGAGACCUGAGUUUUGUAAGCUGGAAGCUUCUCUAUCAAAGUCCAUAGAGUUUCUCCAACCAUGUUUUUCAUAAGCUUCCUGUAUUUUGGCUUUACCACAGUGGUCCAUGCAUGGGUAACUUUAAGGAUGUAUUACUGCAACACAUUCUAUGUGACGCUAACCUUGAGGCUUGUCUGGAGGCUGCAUAAUGUGAAGGCUAGGAUGUUUGUGAGGCCAAACUGCCACCAGCAUAUAGUACCUUGCUAGGCCAAGUUCAACGUUUUAGUAUUAACAUAUAAGGCCUUAUAUAGAUCAGGACCAGGGUACUAGAGAGAUUAAGUGUGGAUCUAGACACAAGAGGGAAAGAACGCUGUAAAUAAGUCAGAAAUUAGAUCAUUAUAACAAAAGAAAAAAAAAUCUGUAUGGAAAAUCGUGUUUUAAAAUUUCCUGCUCUCUGGUGCAGGAAACGUGUGUUUAUAGCAUGUUCAAAUCACUGUUUCUUAAUGUAGCUGAGUCCUAGGUCACUGUGGUCUGCAAGAAAGCUUCUUCUGUAAGUUUCCAAAGAUAUUGGAAGUCUGUCCCAUAGUAACUGAGCUGGGCUAUCAGUGUGGCCGUCUGUGUUCUGUGAAGCAGCCAUUCCUGUCAAGAAACUAUCUGCAAUUUCUAGAAGCAACUGAAUACAUUUUUGUUCAGACAAGCUUCUCCAGCUGGAUAAAUAGGUUUCUGCCAUGGGUGUACAUACUGUUUUUUGUUUCUUAAAAUGCACAGUCAUAGAAUUCCUGCAGUGCAGGAAUCUCAGCUAAAUCAUCCAUGACAAAUUCUGUUGGUAUUUUGUGUUUUAAACUGUUUUCAAUUCAUUUCAUUUUGUUUUCUUUUUUCUUUUUACAUUACCUUGAGGUAUCUAUGUGGAAGGCAAUUAAUAAAUAGCAACUGCAACAAGUUCCACAGCAACAAAUUGCUUGAUUCCAUGAGGGGAAUCCUGGAGGGGCAGUGCCAGUCUGUGUAGACAGUACUGCGUUGGAUGGUCCCAAUGGUCAGAUUCAGUACCAGGCAGCUUCCUUUUUUCCUGUACAGCAACAUCUGGAAGGCUACAGGUUCCCCAUCUGUGCCUCACUGACUUUUGAAUUUUUUGACCAUCAGUAGGGCAUUCCCUGGACUAGUUAUAUGCCAUCGUGUGUGUGUGUGUGUGUUGAAUUCUGGCAGCUCUCUUGGCUCCAGUCCACUUGCUAGGAAUACAUUCAUGCUUUGGCAUCAGCAGGGCAGGUUGCUAGUUUAGCAUGGCGGAGGCGUACUUUGCUCAUAUCUCCAGGCAGUUGCUUUUUGCCGUCAUGUUUCCACCCCUGCCCUCUGCCCCAUUAUUUCAGCCGGUGAUAAGUAAUUGCUGAAAUGCAGCCUUUGCCAUGAUGGAAUGCAGAAAUCUGCUGCUCCAGCGGCACCCUAGAACGAUUUCUUAGCGCGGACAAUGAACAGAUAUUCAUUUCCAGCUGAAAGGCCGGGAGGGGAAAGAGAUGCACGACACAGUGACAACUGGAGGAAUAUCUUCCCUUUGCUGCUCAGAAAGAUAGACUGCAUUCCAGACAAUGCUGCUAUCAGCCUCGCUGUGCGCAGCUUUUACCGUACCAGCGGGAGAGCCUCUGCGUGGGAGUGAAUGCUGUAACCUUUGUGUGUGUGUGUGUGUGUGUGCGAAGUCAAAGUGCAGUAGACGUCUUAUGAUUCCACAGCAUCAGUUAUUGAUGCUGGAAAGCAAAGUAUUGCUAGUGUCUCACUUCAUAACCCUUCAUGGAGAAAAGGGCAAGUUCUCCCAGGUUCAGUUUGAAUUGGGACCAGCAAUUACAAAUGACAGCAGGGAAAAACUCAAAGUACUGUAUUUUUCAGUGUAUAAGACUAGGUCUUUUCCCUUAAAAAUAAUGUCAAAAAUUAGGGGGUGUCUUAUACAUGGAUGCAUCUCCCCCCAUUUUCUUAAAUCUGAGUCCCCCAAAAUAGGGAGCGUCUUAUACAUGGGGGCAUCUUAUAGACAGAAAAAUACAGUAGUUGUUACCACCCCCAUGCUCUGCCUUGAGCUCCCGAAUCCCCUUAUCCAGUAGUCACAGCUCUGGCCAGUACUGCACACCUGCCUUUUCUCCUGCCAGCCCAGAAUAGGGAGGGAGGCUGGAAUCUCUCUCCUUUCUGUCCUCUGCCCAGUGGGAAAUACAGUUGGAAGCACUGAGAAAAUGAAGGCUGUGUACACAGUAGCAGCUUAAAACUCAGCAAGUUCACUCCCCCUUGCUGCAUUUCAAGUCGCACGGAUGGGACAUUCACCACAGUGGGAUGUUGAAUUCUGCACUAAGGCUGUGAUCCUAGUCGCACUUAUCAGGGUGUAAGCCCCAUUGAAUUCAGUAGGACUUACUUCUGAAUAGUUUUAGUUAGGAUUGCGCUGUAAAACGGUAAAAAGGACUGAACAGUAACUUCAUAGCCUUGUUAAAAUAGGAAAGCUUUAUUCCAGCUGCUAAAUAUCAUUUCAUAAAAUCAUAGAAUUGUAGAGUUGGAUGGGGUCCAGAGGGUCAUCAAGUUGCACCCCCUGCAAUGCAGGAAUCUCAACUAAAACAUCCGUGGGAGAUGGCCACCCAACCUCUGCUUAAAAACCGCCAAGGAAGGAGAGUCCAUUUAAUGAAGAGACUUCAUCAGUGUGUAGGUAGAGAAUUUCAAAGAUGAGGUACUGCCUUUCAAAUGACCCUCCCAUGAGACACUCAGGAGCUGUGUUAGAGCUUUUAAGGGUUAACAACAACAACUUUAUUAUUUAUACCCCGCCCAUCUGGCUGCGUUUCCCUAGCCACUCUGGGCGGCUAACAGCAUAUAUAAAACAUAGGGAAACAUCAAACAUUAAAAACUUCCCAAUACAGGGCUGCCUUCAGAUGUAUUCUAAAAGAUAGGUAGUUCUUGAGCUCCUUGACAUCUGAAGAGAGGGUGUUCCACAGGGAAGGAGCCAGUAACAAGCUUGGCUGCCUGUAUGGAUGUAUAUUAAUAGUUCUCUGUUGUAUGUAAUAAAAGUAAGAGAUGAAAGGGGAACAACUUGUUCAUGAUUUCCCUGAAUGACUUAGGCUUCAAUCCAAUGGUGUCCAUGCAUGAGUGGAAAGGACUUCUGCUUGCACAGCAGGACUUCCCCUUCCCCUCCUCCCAUGUAACUCCAGUAUCUACUUUUGGUGGUUGGGGGACCAUCCUCAGCAGAUUUAGGGGUGCUGCAGUUGAGAGGAAGGAGAAUGAGGCCUACGACAUGGGUGAAAGUCUGAGCAAGGCAUGCUGGGUUUUGCCCUACCUAAACAUGUGAGUAGUCAUAUUCAAAAGCUAUGUAUUCUUCUGCCACAUUACUGUUAGAUACCGUGCCAUGUAAUCUGUGUUGAUCUUUGUGCAGCUUAUUACUUCAUCAAACUGUGUAUGUGAAACACAUUACGUUAACAAUGAAAAGAAUCAAUAAGGAUUUUGCUGGAAAGAACUGUGGCUGGGAGUCUAUUUUAGUGCAAAACCCAACUGAUGUAAUGUUUUGCACAGGUAGUCAUUGGUUACAGGGAAAGAAAACAUUGCACAACCAUGAGAGCACUUACUUUAGAUAAUUUAGACAAAUUCAUGGGGAAUAAAAGGUAAUGACUGCAUGAAGAAUACACCCUUCAUGGCUAUAUUACCUCCAGUACGGGAGAGAAUAUUUUAUUUAAAUAUUUUAAAUUCAUCAUCAUCAUCAUUUUUAAUUUGUAUACCGUCUUUCUAUCUUACAAUACUCAAGGUGGUUUACAAGCUGAAGAAACAAAUAAUGUACAUCUUAUAACAAUCUAAUGCCAUACAAAAAUGUGAUAAUAAAACAAAACUAUAAAAUAAUAAUAUCAGCAUAUAAAAGUUAAACAGAAAUCCACUCAACAGUUACACUAAAUACUUUCUAAACUAUAAUUAAUAAAACAACAGCAGGCCACAGUACAUAAAAUAAUACAAUACAAAUUGAGAAGCAGCGACUAGAGGGUGGAGCAAGGCAGGUGGAAGGAGGCCUUGCCUGUCAAAGUCUCUCCCAUCUUCAGCCAACAAAGUCUCAGAUCGCUCAAAAGGCCAGCCCCUAUUCUCAGGCUUACAAUCUAUGAAAAAGACACAGCACAAAAGGAAAACGGAUUGGGAGGUAGGUAGGUGAAGAUCUUAGUUACAAAUUUCUCUAAUGACCAACUGCAGUGGAAGGGUGCCAACAGAGCAGGUGUCAAAACUUGCUGCUCUCUCGGCUGUGUUGACUGAGUGGCCCUGCACACCUUUCCCCCCCCCCCCCCGUCCUGCAGCCUGAUGUAAUAACUGCUGCCAGGUGAGUAGUAUGCCUCUGAAGACCAGUUCUUGGGGAUACUAGUGGGAGAGUGCUAUUAUGCUCAUGCCCUGCUUGUGGUCUUCCCAUAGGCAUCUGAGCAACUAGGUUGGCAGAAAGGGUGCUGGACUAGAAAGGCGUUUUGGUUGGUUGCAGCAAGACUCUUCUUAUUUGUGUUCUUAGGGCUACAAGUUGAAAUGGAAUUUUUAGGAAAUCUGACCUCUCUUUAAAUCAUACAAUUCAGACUUUGGAGUCCUAAUUUGACACGUUUUCAUGUUCAAAUUUCAGAAACUAAACUUUGAUUUCAAUUUUUCAAAUAACCACCAGGAAAUGGAUUGAAGGAAAUGUUUCCCAGGUGCAUUAGGUUAGUAUGGAUAUUACUAAAUGCUUAGGUGCACUUUGCCAUGCAGAUACUGGUCUGGCUGGGACAAACUUCCCCAUUUUUUUUCAGCUAUGGUUUAUGAAGCUAGGAAGUAACACCAAGGCAUAUAUUGUGGUUCAGUUGCUGCUGAUAAAAGAGAGUAAGUCAGGCUCUGAUCCUGGCUUAUUGGUUUAACUGACAUUAAGGUAGAGUUUCCCAGUUUGGAUGCAACAGACAACUGAAGGCAGCAUGCAAGGGGACAGAUGAGGGUGGAGUACUUGGUCCCAAUCCUUGUUUUUAGCUUCAUAAACCAUGUUUAUUGUUGUCAGUCAAAUACUUGCUAUCAAAAUUUAGAGAUGGUAAUCUGGAAGAUUUUUGGGGGGUGGUGGUGGAAGGGGAAUGCAGGCUAGUUUAUUCAGUACUCUUUAACAACCUUUUAUAUUUGAAAUUAGGGUGGUAGUUGAGAGAAUAAUGGCAUAUUAGCUUGGAAUUGAACUGAGCUUCAGAAAGCUUAAUUUUGGUACAAAUAACAUUGAACAAAAAUAUUAAAGAUCCAGGAUAAUUUUAUCAUUUAAGGAUACUAUCUGAAGUCCCCAAACUCCAGGUCUGCCUGUCCUUAAAAUCUCGUGUCUUGUACAAAUCAAGUUCACUUUUGUUUUUCUCCAGGGAACAAUUUCUGAAGUGUCUGUGGCACAGCAUGAAGAAUAGUUGGCUGUGAUUUUCUCUCUGUGUGCUGAUUGCCUCCCAUUCAUGCUUGCUGGGAAUGUGCCAGAAGACUUUAAUAUAAAGAGCUUUAUAUUCCUCAACUAUUUAUUGCAACUUAUUGCAGUAAUAAAAUUUUGCAAUAAUUAUUUUGGCUUGGAGCCAGAGUUCCUGUCAGUGUUACUCUGCUUACAGCACACUGAAGGAAGAAGGGAAGAGGUGACUUUUCCCCCUUUUUUUCUUUGCUGAUUCCCCUCUUCUCCCUGUACCCCCUGAAGAUCUGCUCUGGAACAGUUGUGGGGAGAUGAAGGGGAGAUCAGCAAAAAGAAAAUGCUCCUCUCUUUGUAGUAUGGCACUCCGGAUUCAACCUCUUGCCAUUAUAAUCAGCAAUAAUAAUAAUAAUAAUAAUAAUGCUGUUCUUUUCUAAGCAUUGCAAAGUCCAGCUUUAAAAAUGCUGGCAGACAAAAAACCAGUGUUUUCCAUCUUAGCUUUAUGGCAACUUUUACCAUCUUCUGCAGAUUGAAUCUGGCAAGGGAGCGGAGGAGAGAGCAAAUGCUUGACCUGGUCCCGAGAGGACUUAGUCCCUCGAGGCUUCAUUAGAUAACUUAGCCAUACCCAUGAAGUUGAUGCAAUGAAGAUUACUGAAUUGAGUAAAUUUAUACUAGCUUUAUGUAAAUCCCUAGGGCUGCUAAUGCUGGUCGUUUUAAGCUUAGAGGCUGUUUGCUUAUUUUGCGGUGUUAACAUUCAAAGCGAAGGUGGAUUAUGUGGCUUUAAAAACAUUGUGCAAUAUAUCACUCUAAUACACCCAAGGGUUGGCGUAACAUUUCAAGAGAUAUACAAACAAAGCCUUAGCCAGAGACCUCUUCUCCUCUCAGUGUGUGUGUGUGUGUGUGUGUGUGUGUUGUAAUGGACUUCCUCUCCUUCUGUGCCCCCUAAUCUGUUAUGAGGGUUUCCCUAACUCUGUGGAACAGUUUUGGGGAGUAAAGAGAGGAGAGUUGGCUGCAACCCUCAGUUUCUCCCUAGCUGACAGCUUUCGGUUGCGAUUGUUGGCAGUGCUCAGCUGUGUAGUAUGACCAGCCAACUAUCGGUCAUCCCCUAGUAGGCCAGUGGAUAAACAAAAAAUACAUCCUGCACAUAAGGUCUCAGACUAGAUCCCUUCCAAGAGGACACUUUCAUCCUUCUAGCCCAUCUCACAAGCAUCUUACCAUGCUUUCAUGAAUCAUUUGGCUGAUCACCAUUAUCUGUACCUUGUUAUUAAUCUCCCUUCCCCUCCAUUUCAUGGCAGCAUUUCAUGGCAGGUGGGUAAAGAAGCAGUCCCUACAGGGUUUCAGUCAACUAAUGUUAAUCCAUUGAAAUUAGUGGUCACAGCUAACUUAGAUCUAUUAAUUUCAGUAUGUCUACUUUGACUAAAAGUUGAAUACAACACCAGGGCUCUUGGAACAGCAGUUUUGUUGUUGACAGGGAAGGCAGGCCUACAACUAGAAGAGAAUUGGAGUCCCAACAAAAUAAGCUGCUUUUACUGCCGUGCUCCUUAUUCACAGAUCAUGGUCCUUAUUCUCCACAUGUAGGGGAAACUGGGACCGUGCUUUCUAUCUCCAUUCCUGACAUUUGCACAUUUGGUAUGAAUGUCUGAAAACAGGGAUGCUGCAUAUGGAUGUGUGGGCGGAUGUGAUCCUGAACCCAAGGCACAAACAGCAGUGCAGAUGAAGGCUAUCAUUUUUCAGAUUCUUGUAAACUCAAAGAUAGGAUUGCAUGGUUAGAAAAUACAGGAAUAAAAAAAAAAAAACCUGCUUCCCUGUUGCGAAAUUAAUUUUGAAAGAUUAGAAACUAAUGUUAUGCAAAUAAGUACAACCUCUGGAGUCACUUAAAGCAAAUGUUUGUAAACAAAUUACCAAUGCUGGAGAAAUAAUUAUAUAUGUACAUAAAACAACAACAAUCAUAAUCCCUUCCCCAUCCCUCCGCUGGAUAACAAUAUUGAAGGAAGGAUUAAAUAGUUUUUUUUUUUAUUCUCUCUCUUGGUAUAUAUGUAUGGUAUAUGUAUAUAUACAUUCACAUGUGCAUACAUGACUAUUCCUGCCUAGGCAGAAUGAUGCACUUUCUUACAUUCCUUUGUCAAAGAUAAGUCACAGCCACAUUGGAAGAAAACAGCUGGGUAGGGAUGGUACCCAGUCUAGGGAAGUUUUCUGAAAAAUUGCACUGUCGGUUGCUCUUGGAUUUGUAUGCAGUCCACAAUUAAUCUGCAUGCCUUACUUCUUAUUUUCCAGAGAGAAGGUAUCAUAGACCUCGUGCCAAACCCAAUGGGCUGAGCUUCUCUUCUCACGCUGUGGCAGACCGACAAGUCAGCGAGACUGCCUUGACGCCUCUGACUGAGCAGGAGGGCGAGGCAUAUCUGGAGAAGUGUGGGAACAUCCGCCGCCACACUGUUGCCAACGCUCACUCUGAUAUCCAGCUGUUGGCCAUGGCUUCCAUUAUGCACUCUGGGAUGGUGGUGGAGGAACCAGACAGUGGCGACACAUGCCUCCUCCUGCAGCCCAGCUUAAACCACAGGCAAUGUUCCAGUGAGCCCACGAUAGUAGAUGGACCGGAAGGGCUGGGGACAGCAUCCAUGCAGGAACCCACAGAACUGAACUGCACAUCUGUCUGCUGAAAUGCUGUGUGGAGGGACGAAGGACCAAGUGUGUUAGGCAAACCAUUGUUUUGUCAUUUGCUGAGAACAGUGGAGUCAAACUCCAGAAAUGAGAUCAACAUGCCAUGUCCUAACUUAAUAUUGGAAGACUUUUUGGAAAUAAUAGUUUCCAGGCCAGGUUCUAAUUUUAUGUGGCUUAUAUAUAUUGUUUUCAAGGUACAAAGCUGCUACGUUCAAGCAUUCCAACAUCCCUUCCCUUUCCUUUUCUCUGGAUUUUUCAGACCUUUUCUCCUCCUGAGUUGGUCUUUCACUCUUUUGUCGCAUCUUAUGUGUGGUGUCCUAUGAAAUCAGGGGAGAAUGAUCAAUACUAUUAGGCACACACUUUCCCCUAGCGACACUUUAUGGCACAUGCAGGAGGCCAGCUAUGAAGCAUGCUGGUUCAAGUCUGAACCAUCAGGAUGGGUGAAACUGCACCCAAUUUCCAGAGUUAGAACUCUAUAAUAUACUGAACGAACAUUGCCUCAUUCUGCAGCAAAAGCUGGUGACCAGGUUGCACAAGCCAUUUCUGAAUGUUGGGGAUUUUGAGGUUUUCUUUUCAGCAUUGCUCUUCUCAGGGAUCCCUUAAGUAUAUUCCAAAGAAAAAUCUAAGCUCAACUUCCACAGUCUAGUUACUUCCAGUUGUUGGACUCCAAUUCCCAUCAGCCCCAGCCAGCAUAGUCAAUGGUCAGGUGAUGGGAGUUGGAGUCCAGUGACAUCUGGAAGCAACUAGGCUGGGAAAGACUCUCUAAAUUUUUAGAUUCCAGGAGAGACAAUUGGAGAAGAGGCUGUUUUUAAGGAUCUCAUGCUAAGGAACUUGUGGGUGGUAUUUAACUAAGUUUUACUCAGAGGAGACCCGCUGAAAUUAAUGAACCAAAUUUAGUCAUGUUGGUUACCUUAAGUGGGACCACUAUGGAGUGGCAAUGGUGCUAUGCAUGUAUUAACAUGUAGAACUAAGAACUGUCCACCCUACCCAUUGUUUCCAUGAACACCAAGAUUGAAAGAAACCCAGCUUUCUUACUAAUCAAUGGGAUUCCAUUACAUAUGGGAAACUUUAGGCUGAUGGGGAUCUAACCUCAUUUGGGGGCAACACUCCUCCUCUUGUAAAACAGGGUCAUUUGUUGACUGGUAUGGAGAAUGUGUAAUGCCUUUUAUACUUACAUUCAUACCUUUGACACAAAGCUCAGCACCAGGACAGACUUGCGUUCUGGAGGCUGUGUAGUGGUGUCUUUCUGGAGUCCAGGGUUCCAGUUUCUAGAAACCUGAUGCUUCUGUCACAACACAGUUCUGUUACCAAAUACCUUUGGCAAUCCAGGUUAUCAUGGGGGUGGGUAGGGGUGAUGUUCCUCAGGUGCAGGGCUGUUCUCCUUUUCCCAAUGAGGGUGAUUCCAAGAACCUGUUAGCAACUGAAAUAGCCAGAUUUUUACUUUUUUAAAAAUAAUAAUAAUCAAGCAUCAUAAUAGUGUGUGAAAGUUGUUCUGCAACAGCUACCUCUUUAUGGAAGUAGACUGCAACCCAAUGAAUUGAAUUCAGUCUUGAUAAAAUUAAGGAGCAGGGUCAGGGAUGGUCACAUUAGACCAAUAGGUGCACAGAGAAGAGACAAUGCCUCUUUGAUGAUUAGGCUUCAGAGGCCCACAAUGAUGAACAAACUUUUAAGCUGUAAAAGGGCCAGCUUAAUAAAAUGAAUGGGGUUGUGGGUGUCCAGGCCCUAAUAAGGGCUCCCAAUGAGAUAUAAACAAAGGCUAGGUAAAUCCUAGUCUUAAAGCCUGAUUCUCAACCGCCAGUGUAUAGGCUUACAGCCUUCACUCAAUAAAAUGUUCCAAGUAACUAAUUUGGAAUGAAGGAUAACAUUUCCCCUUUAUUCUUCCACUACGUGUCCAUUUCUGGUUUUGAUUUGAAUGUAUAUGUUAAAAGGCAUGUAUAAUUUCCCAAGUAUGCUUGCCCCUGUGGAAUUUUGCCAAGCCACGGUGGUGGUUACCACUCAAGUCCAUGGCAAGGAUUAACUUGGUAAGAGAGCUUUACUCUGAAUAUCUCAUGGAAGCUCACAAAGAAGGAAAAAGUUAAUGUUUGGAAAUGUGGUAGGAACUGAGUCCUCAAAUAGAAAUCCUUUUAUUUAAAUGGGACCUUUGUUGCCUGCCUUCAUUUUACAUAUUCACAAGAAACAGCUUUGAUGAAGCCUACUGCAGAGAUGUCUGUGUUUUCUCAUGCCUAUCCACUGCAUUGUCUUCUGCUUGCCUUAAUUUGCUGAAAUCCCCGUUAUAUUACAUCCACUUGGCCUUCUCCUCCCCAUGUGUGCGCACAAGUGUACAUUCUUUCUCUGUUGCUCAUAGGUAUAGUUCCCACAGACAUUCAUUUCUUUCUUAUUCCAUCCAACCACCAAUUCUCCCAAUCAAGGGUGUGUGCUUGUGGGUCCAUUAAACCUCAAAGUACAGUAAACAUGGCAGUGAAGGAAGUCAGCUGAAAGGCUGACUAAGCAAUAGUCUAGCAGAG